AUGUCGACAGCUCUCCGCAGGAAGUGGGUGCGUGUGGUGUGCGCGCUCAGGACUCUGCGAGCAGGAGGAGGAAGCGUGAGUUGUGUUUAUUUUUAGUUCCCCCUGGGCCGACUAAUCCGUUCUGCCACUCCGGCUUAAUGGGAUUGGAGGUCGGCUGACUUCAGUAGGCAUAGCACUGUAGGACCAUAGGGCUGCUCUUUGGGCUCGCUGGGUUGUCUGCUGUACCCCAACCAAACCAGCCUGUGCUGCUCUGGGCCAGGCUUGGCUACUGGGUGCUGUGCUGGUGCCAUACAAACAGAGUGCUGAGCCAAACAGGGCUCGAGCUUAGCUUAGCUGAGCUGAGCCAUGGAUAAGAAGCGGUCAGCGGGUCGAGAGAGAUGAGAUGAGCCAUGAAUUUGGACUGCCUGCAGUUGGGGGACUGGUGUUCGGGGGCCCGAGGGGGUCCAUGGCUGCACCACACGGAGGUGGACCAGGGUGGGGGCCGGGUCCAGGGGAGCGCAGCAGGAGGGCCGGGUGGAGGUCGACCCAGGCUGGAGGUGCCUCUCCUGGGAGGACCCUGGCUCAACUCGGAGGAACUAAGGAGCAGCGUGGUUGUGCUCUACGCUCCCGCUGGGAACACCUGCUUCCUCCGACUGGUACUGGAGACGGAUAGAGAGGGAGAGAGAGAGAGAGAGAUGCCCUUGCCGCUGAUCAUCCACCUCCCCAGAGGAUAAACUGUCUAGCUCUGAUCCCUAGAGGAAAGAUCUCUCCCUGCUCUCUGCUUUCCCCUUAGCGCUUUCUGGCGUGUGUUUGACUAGAUGUUUGUUUGUAGACUAACGUAGUCGUUUGGUUGUAGAACCGAGUGUUAAAAGUAUGUUAAGUGAAGUUCUGUUAAGUUGGGUUUCAGGGAGAGUUAUAUUGUGGUUGCUAGCUACACCAGUUCAGUGCUACAGCUUGGUUAUUUAGCUACAGAGAAACACUGUAAUGUUGCACAGUCUUCAUCAUGGCAAUUUGUUUGCCUCUGCUACAGAAUCAUAUGAUAUUCUAGUAAAUCACAAUUGCCACAUUUUGAUCCAAUAGGAAAUUGCUGAAGCCAAGAACUCUAUUUGCCAAGUGAAUAAUACAGGGUUGAAGAAGUCUUCUGCUCCAAUAGGCUCCGGCCGGGAGAAAUGUUUUUUACUGCUUUUCAUUUGAGAGGCAAAGAAACUGUUGAUGAAUGAUGUUGUCUCAUACUCCCGUAUUGGUGCUAGUACUCAGUCAGUGUGUGUAAUGAAAAAGCUCUCCCGCUCCAUCUGUCAUGCUAGCAGAGUGUGAGAGAGAGGAGAGAGUGUGUAUUUGCAUCAGUUGGACGUUGGUAGCAUUUAGCUGUGUGAUUUGCACGGCAGCCAGUCAGUCUGUGGGUUGUGGGGAACAGUUAUUUCCGGGUGGGUAGGGGGAUGUGAUGUGUCAGCGCAGUCCCUCCUGUGGGUCCAGUAGGUGUGUUCUACACUACAUCCAGAUCUCUGGAACAGAUAGGAGCCGAUACAGAUGGGGCCUGAUGCCGUUCACACUGGAGAGAUGAGUUUACAGAGAGGAUAGUACUCAGGGUUGCAGGAUAGCUAUGCGUCUGUGGCUGUUGAUCGAUUUGUGUUUGUGUGUUCGGCAUGUGUGUCUGUCUGCACAUUGUCAUCGCAGAUAUAGGAUUCUGUCAGAUCAGUGUGAGUGUGUGUGUGUGUGUGUUAGGGAUGGGUAUUUGACAUUUCUUGACUGUUCGAGUACUCGCAUGAAUUUCUUUGAGUACUUCAAUGAAAAAAAAAAGAGCUAUUUUUAGAACACAAGGCCCACACAGGGAAAACUGUGCAUUGAUCUAUAUGCCAACAGUGCGCAACAAUUCCUAAUUUAUCAUAACCAUUACAGAUAACCAAUACUAAUUGCUAAAUUGACCCAUAUAUAUUGUCAAUUAAAAAACAAGUGCCAUUUAAGAUUAAUUUAUUGAAACCGUAAUAUCAACUGGUUAUAUUAUAUCGUGGAACACAAUCUUCAAAAAGGUAGUAACCUCAUCAGUGGUGCUUGCUUGUAGAAGACUAUGGCUGUGCAAUGGCAUAGCCUUGUUUUGUUAAUUUAGCAGACUAAGCUUUUAUUUCCUGAGCCCUUAUCACAGUCAAGACACACCUAUUCCAAGUAAAAAAAACAUGAAAUAAUAUAGCAGAAUAAAAUAGAACAGAAUAGUGCGACGUAAUACACAUCUGGAACAGCUAUUCUCAAAGAGUGAUAAUUUGAAACGGGGCUCAAUUUGGCGAGUUGAAAGACACGUUUUUCAUGGUUCCAAGCCAAAAUCUGUCUUCUGUUUGAUAUACAGACGUUCGAUUUAGUUAUUCUGUCUGGUCUUUGGAAUUUUCAAAAUGGAUGAAAAAUUCCACAUUGAACACUACAUGGGGAUGAAUUAUGGCACAACAUAUUUUUGGUGAGUAGGCCUUGGCUUAAUGAUUUUGAUGAAAAUACGCUCUGUCUUUAUCAAACAAUUUUUUUUUGCAUAUUUUCAGUGUGGAACCUUGCUAUGUUUAGGGGUUUUAUAGCCUAGGCCAAGGCUCCAACCCUGUUCCUGGAAAGCUACCGUCCUGUAUUUUUUGACUCCAACCCUAAUCUAGCAGACCGUAUUCUAAUAAUUAGCUGAUUUAUAAGCUGAACCAGGUUAGUUACAACUGGGGUUGGAGCGAAAACCUACAGGAGGGUUGGUAACAAAUUCUAAAUGGCACUAGCAGUUGGCAAAGUAGGGUCGUCACUAGUUACCACAGCCAUAAAGUCUUAAACAUCUCCUAUUUCUAAAAUGUAUCUUCGUAAAAUCUGAUUUUAAACCUUUAACACUAACUUUAACCACACUGCUAACAUUAUGUAUAACCCUAACCUUAAAUUAAGACCAAAAAGCUCAUGUUUGUUUUCACGAAUUUUGACUAUAUAACCAAAUCUGACUUUGUAGCUGUGGUAAUUAGUGACAACCGCAAAGUAGCCUAAACUGAAAUUUAGGGAGAAGAACUGUUUGAUGCUUGGCAUGGUUUCAUUUUUGGACCAAUAAAAUUUGAUUAAAUUUAUUUUUUGUUGUUCCCUGCAAAUGCACAUGUACAAUGGAACACUAGAGUCAAAGCAAAUGAAUGUUGUCUUCAACACCAAAUAUAUUUACAAUAUUAGAUUUCUUUUUUUAAAUCUAUGGUUAAAGAUAGAGUUUUGACGUCCGUUGAGUACUCGAUUACUCAUCUCUAGUAGAAUUGCAGGAAAUUAGCUUGAAAACUGCAACAUUUUCUCUCCGAUGCCAAGAGGCGGGCCUUUAAAAUGUUCAGAGAAGUGGUUCAUCCGGCCAUGCACUGCCGCAGUUAUAGUAAAACUCCUAUGCUAUGUUUGUCACUCGAGUUGUGUUCUGAUUAUGAGAGGGUCCCUGAUUAAUUUGCUAUCACAAAAGGGUUCCCCGGCCCCAAAAAGUUUGAGAACCCAUGCUCUUUGUUCUGAGCUGAGCUGAGGGACACUGGGGAGAAGCAGAGAACCAUGUAGAGCAGCAGAGGUGUGACUGACUGUCUGUCACUUCAGGGCCUAGCUGCUCUCUCAUAGCUACUAGUCCAUCUGUGCCCUGUAUAACACCAGUCUGGUUUUAUACAGUACCAUGGCAUUGCUUAAAGGGGCAAUCUGCAAACUUACAUUUCAAUAUUGUUUAAAUACUUGUUUUGAAUGUGGUCUAUGGGCGAGGAGAGACUGCAUUGCAUACUUUUUCUUAUUUUCACAUAGCCACCAACCAGUAAUGAAUGUGCAUGAACAAACUGUGGUCAAUAGAGAUCAGUUGGGAUUUCACAGCAUUGUAAAAGCCAACUGACUGAAACAUAAAAACGUGUUGUUGUUUUUACCUGGUCCAACUCAGACUGUGGAGGUUAGUUCCCACGCCCUCAGAAGACAGACUCUAAAUCCCAGGGUCAGAGAGGACGGUGUGUGCGAGUGCCUUAGGGCUGCACGAUUAAGGAGAUGUUUAUCGAACUUGUGAUAUUGACAUGUACAAUAUCCAUAUCGCAAAAGGAUGCAAUAUUUUGAAACGCCACCUAGCCGUCUGUAACGCCCGUUUUUUGUGCUUUUGAUUAAUUGCUUGAGUUGAUGGAGUUCACUCACCAUCUCCUCUUUUGUCCACUUCCCAAUCCCACACACACCAAGCCACGCCCCCUGUCACUCAAGUGGGCAGUUCCUCCUCGAGAUUCAUUCUGCAUGCAUUGACCAAACAACAGCAUUCGGUCAACAGAUUUGUCCAAACAAGAACGAAACAGCUUUCCACUUUGCGUCUUAAUAUAAAUCCAAAUGUUUUCUAUAUAAUACAAUUUGUGUAACUUUCUCUCUGCAAAAUGCAAGUUAGUUCGUCUUAGCAAGCUGCAAAUGUGCAUAAAAAAAUGUGUGUUAGCCCCUUAUGCUAAUCGCUAGCUAGCUAUCUAAAUCCACUGAGAUAUGGCAAAUCAUGCUAGCAAACCUUUGCUCUAAUACAGGCUGGUACCAGUGGUGGAGUAUAUCAGCAUUGUUUGUGCAGCAGCUUGUUCUUAGUCAGAGAGGAAAGGGCAAAGAAUAUUCUAAAAUCUUUGUCUGAAUGUACAGUGCCUUCAGAAAGUAUUCACACGUCUGAAUUUAAAAUUGAUUAAAUUGAGAUUUUGUUUCACUGGCCUACACACAAUAUCCCAUAAUGUUAAAGUGGAAUUAUAUUUUUAGAAUUAUUUUUAUUUUUAUUACAAACGAAAAGCUGAAAUGUCUUGAGUCAAUAAGUAUUCAACCUCUUUGUUAUGGCAAGCCUAAAUAAGUUCAGGAGUAAAACUUUGCUUAACAAGUCACAUAAUAAGUUGCAUGAACUCACUCUGUGUGCAAUAAUAGUGUUUAACAUGAUUUUUGAAUGACUACCUCAUCUCUGUACCCCACACAUACAGUUAUCUGUAAGGUCCCUCAGUUGAGCAGUGAAUUUCAAACACAGAUUCAACCACAAAAACCAGGGAGGUUUUCCAAUGCCUAGCAAAGAAGGGCACCUAUUGGUAGAUGGGUAAACAAAAUAAAAGCAGACAUUGAAAAUCCCUUUGAGCAUGGUGAAGUUAUGAAUUACUCUUUGGAUGGUGUAUCAAUACACCCAGUCACUACACAGAUACAGGUGUCCUUCCUUAAUCAGUUGCCGGAGAGGAAGGAAACCACUCAGGGAUUUAACAAUGAGGCCAAUGGUGACUUUAAAACAGUUACAGAAUUGAAUGGCUGUGAUAGGAGAAAACUGAGGAUGGAUCAACAACAUUGUAGUUACUCCACAAUACUAACCUAAUUGACUGAGUGAAAAUAAGGAAGCCUGUACAGAGUAAAAACAUUCUAAAACAUGCAUGCUGUUUGCAUCAAGGCACUAAAGAAAUACUGUAAAAAAAUGUGGCAAAGCAAUUCAAACUUUUUGUUUUGAAUACAAAGCGUUAUGUUUUGGGCAAAUCCAAUACAACACAUUACUGAGUACCACUCUCCAUAUUUUCAAGAAUAGUGGUGGCUGCAUCAUGUUAUGGGUAUGCUUGUAAUCGUUAAGGACUGGGGAGUUUAUCAAGAUAAAAAAGAAACAGAAUGAAGCUAAGCACAGGCAAAAUCCUAGAAGAAAACCUGGUUCAGUUUGCUUUCCACCAGAAGCUUGGAGAUUCAUUCACCUUUCAGCAGAACAAUAACCUAAAACACAAGGCCAAAUCUACACUGGAAUUGCUUACCAAGAAGACAGUGAAUGUCCCUGAGUGGCCGAGUUACAGUUUUGACUUAAAUCUACUUGGAAAUAUGUGGCAUGACCUGCAAAUGGUUGUCUAGCAAUGAUCAACAACCAAUUUGACAGAGCUUGAAGAAUUUUGAAAAUAAUCGAAAAAGCAUAAUCCAAUUGUGGAAAGCUCUUAGAGAUUUACCCAAAAAGACUCACAGCUGUAAUCGCUGCCAUUGACUCAGGCGGUUGAAUACUUAUCUAAUCAAGAUAUAUUACUGUUGUAUUAUUUUAUGGAUUUUUUGUUUUUGUACAAAUGUUAGAAAUGUCUUCCACUUUUACAUUAGAGUAUGUUGUGUAGAUCGUUGAUAAAAAAAAUACAAUUACAUUCAUUUUAAUCGCACUUUGUAACACAACACAAUGUGGAAAAAGUCAAGGGGUGUGAAUACUUUCUGAAAGCACUGUACCUAUCUAUUUAAAUCUAAUUAGGGUCCCAUGGGAAACACUGACCAACACGUUGGUUACUAGUCUGUCAACCAUCUCCACCCUUACUUUUUCAUUCGUUGUCAUGCCAAACAAAACUGCAUUCCAAGUGCCCACUAUAUUCCAACCAUAAAAUUAGAAUGAUCGUUCUAUUUCUAUGAUUCCAACAGUUUACCCAAGUGUUUUGAUUUAUAAUCGCAAGUAAAAUCGCAAUCGCAAUAUUUGGUACAAAAAUCACAAUUAUAUUUUUUGCCCAUAUCGUGCAGCCCUAGUGUGUGAAUGCAUGGUUGCGUGUGUAGACAGAGGUAGGUCAGUCUCCUGACCGGUGCCGAGUUAAUCAACAAAACAUUGAUCAUUCCGGAUGAGUGUCUGUUUCCACUGUGUCCUGGAGCAGUGUGUGUGUGUGUGAGUGAGAGAUUUAGAUACUCCUACUCCAUUGGCUAACACAGAGGGUCAUGCAUAUUUUAGAGCCUGUGUUGGGCAGUGUUUGGGACCAGAGAGGUCAUUUUGUUUUUGUAGUGGUUUCCCCAUCCAUGUCUUUACCAUAGAACCAUACAGGAAAAUAAGUGGCUUUUACAUCAAAGCCAAGACUCGUCUUCAUGACUGAGUUCACGAGUCACCAGUUACUAUAUGUCAUGGGUCAUUUAAUUCAGUGUGAAAAUGGAACAACAAUUUCAAUGGAGGUUUUUUCCAGAUUUUAGAAAUAAAUACCCUUUGGCAUGCAAAUGUUAUAGACUUUCUGUAUGCAUACAUAUGACUUAACAUUUUGUUGUUACAGCCUGAAUUCAAAAUGGAUUAUGUCAAUUGUUUUCUCACCCAUUUACACACAAUACCCCAUAAUGACAAAGUGAAAACAUGUUUUUUGAAAUGUUUGCGAAUGUAUUGAAAAUAAAUACUGAAAUAUAUAAUUUACAUAGGUUUUCACACCCCUGAGUCAAUACAUGUUAGAAUUACCUUUGGCAGCAAUUACAGCUGUGAGUCUUUCUGGGUAAGUCUCUAAGAGCUUUGCACACCUGGAUUGUACAAUAUUUGUACGUUCUUCUUUUGAAAAUUCUUCAAGCACUGUCAAGUUGGUUGUUGAACAUUGCUAGACAGCAAUUUUCAAGUCUUGCCAUAGAUUUCCAAGCCGAUUUGAGUCAAAACUGUAACUCGGCCACUCUGCUCACCUUGGUAAGCGACUCCAAUGUAUAUUUGACCUUGUGUUUUAGGUUAUUGUCCUGCUGAAAGGUGAAUCUGUCUCCCAGUGUCUGUUGGAAAGCAGACUGAACCAGGUUUUCUUCUAGGAUUUUGCCUGUGCUUAGCUCAAUUCCGUUUCUUUUUGGUAUGCUUGACGAUGACAAGCAUACCAAUAACAUAAUGAAACCAUCACCAUGCUUGAAAAUAUGAAGCGUGAUACUCAGUGAUGUGUUGUGUUGGAUUUGCCCCAAACAUAACUUUGUAUUCAGGACAUAAAGUUAAUUUCUUUGCCACAUUCUUUGCCACCUCCCCAGAGGAUAAACUGUCUAGCUCUGAUCCCUAGAGGAAAGAUCUCUCCCUGCUCUCUGAUUUCCCCUUAGCGCUUUCUGGCGUGUGUUUGACUAGAUGUUUGUUUGUAGACUAACGUAGUCGUUUGGUUGUAGAACCGAGUGUUAAAAGUAUGUCAAGUUAAGUUGGGUUUCAGGGAGAGUUAUAUUGUGGUUGCUAGCUACACCAGUUCAGUGCUACAGCUUGGUUAUUUAGCUACAGAGAAACACUGUAAUGUUGCACAGUCUUCAUCAUGGCAAUUUGUUUGCCUCUACUACAGAAUCAAAUGAUAUUCUAGUAAAUCACAAUUGCCACAUUUUGAUCCAAUAGGAAAUUGCUCAAGCCAAGAACUCUAUUUGCCAAGUGAAUAAUACAGGGUUGAAGAAGUCUGCUGCUCCAAUAGGCUCCGGCCGGGAGAAAUGUUUUUUACUGCUUUUCAUUUGAGAGGCAAAGAAACUGUUGAUGAAUGAUGUUGUCUCAUACUCCCGUAUUGGUGCUAGUACUCAGUCAGUGUGUGUAAUGAAAAAGCUCUCCCGCUCCAUCUGUCAUGCUAGCAGAGUGUGAGAGAGAGGAGAGAGUGUGUAUUUGCAUCAGUUGGACGUUGGUAGCAUUUAGCUGUGUGAUUUGCACGGCAGCCAGUCAGUCUGUGGGUUGUGGGGAACAGUUAUUUCCGGGUGGGUAGGGGGAUGUGAUGUGUCAGCGCAGUCCCUCCUGUGGGUCCAGUAGGUGUGUUCUACACUACAUCCAGAUCUCUGGAACAGAUAGGAGCCGAUACAGAUGGGUCCUGAUGCCAUUCACACUGGAGUUUACAGAGAGGAUAUAGUACUCAGGGUUGCAGGAUAGCUAUGCGUCUGUGGCUGUUGAUCGAUUUGUGUUUGUGUGUUCGGCAUGUGUGUCUGUCUGCACAUUGUCAUCGCAGAUAUAGGAUUCUGUCAGAUCAGUGUGAGUGUGUGUGUUAAGGAUGGGUGUUUGACAUUUCUUGACUGUUCGAGUACUCGCAUGAAUUUCAUUGAGUACUUGAAUGAAAAAAAAAAAGCUAUUUUUAGAACACAAGGCCCACACAGGGAAAACAUUUGUGCAUUUAUCUACAUGCCAACAGUGCGCAACAAUUCCUAAUUUAUCAUAACCAUUACAGAUAACCAAUACUAAUUGCUAAAUUGACCCAUAUAUAUUCAGUCAAUUAAAAAACAAGUGCCAUUUAAGAUUAAUUUAUUGAAACCGUAAUAUCAACUGGUUAUAUUAUAUCGUGGAACACAAUCUUCAAAAAGGUAGUAACCUCAGCAGUGGUGCUUGCUUGUAGAAGACUAUGGCUGUGCAAUGGCAUAGCCUUGUUUUGUUAAUUUAGCAGACUAAGCUUUUAUUUCCUGAGCCCUUAUCACAGUCAAGACACACCUAUUCCAAGUAAAAAAAACAUGAAAUAAUAUAGCAGAAUAAAAUAGAACAGAAUAGUGCGAAGUAAUACACAUCUGGAACAGCUAUUCUCAAAGAGUGAUCAUUUGAAACAGGGCUCAAUUUGGUGAGUUGAAAGACACUUUUUUUCAGGGUUAAAAAAGUCUAGGUGUGUGAAUACUUUCUGAAGGCACUGUUUUCACAGGGGGUGCCUCGAGAUAAUAUGAAGGUAGUUUAAAUGGUGUGGGUGAUGAGUAGCUCAGUGUUGCUUCAUCCCCUUCUCUGUAGUGUUAACUUGGAAUGUCUGUUAUCGGUGGAACAAUUAUAUCAGUCAGACUCUAGUCUUAUAUCUUGAUGAUGACCAACUUUACCCACUUCAUGUAAAAAUGAGAAACUUCUAUUGGUUAAACAACUUUAAUAUAAAGUUGAAUCGCCCUUUUUCCUAUUAUGACAAUUAUUUGUUUUUGUUCACGGUUAUUAUCCAUAAUUAUCGGUUACACGAUUAUAUGAUAAAAGUGCUGAAAACAUGUCUCACUAUUUAAAAAUAAGACUGAGAACAAGCUAUAGGAUGAAAAAUACCCGAGUUUUGGCGCAGGUACAGCCGACUAGUGUUAGCUAAAGCUACAUUUUUAAUUUUUUAUAUAUGUUUUUUACUAAUCGAUACUAGGAGUCAAAGUAUCAAUAUAAUAUCAUUUGAAAUAAUAUUGCGAUAUGUAACUAUCUAUUUUUCCCCCAUCACUACUAACUGUGUUUGUUCUCUGUUCUCCACAGAGCUCAGGAAUGGAGGAGACUGUUUGGGAGCAGUACACUGUGAACCUACAGAGGGUAAGUUGACCUCUCUCGCUCGCUCUCUCUCUCUCUCUCUCUCUCUCUCUCUCUCUCUCUCUCUCUCUCUCUCUCUCUCUCUCUCUCUCUCUCCUCUCGCUCUCGCUCUCCCAAUCUCGCUCUUUCUCUCUCUUUCUAUAUACAGUGCAUUCUGAAAAUAUUCAGACCCCUUGACUUUUUCCAAAAAAAAUUAACGUUACUGCCUUAUUCUAAAAUUGAUUAAAUAUAUAAAAAUCCUCAUCAAUCUACACACAAUACCCCAUAAUGACAAAGCAAAAACAGGUUUUUAGAAAUGUUUGCAAAUCUAUUAAAAAUAAAAACUGAAAUACCUUAUUUACAUAAGUAUUCAGACCAUUUGCUAUGAGACUUGAAAUUGAGCUCAGGUGCAUCCUGUUUCCAUUGAUCAUCCUUGAGAUGUUUCUACAACUUGAUUGGAGUCCACCUGUGGUAAAUCCAACUGAUUGGACAUGAUUUGGAAAGGCACACACCUGUCUAUACAGUGGGGGGAAAAAGUAUUUAGUCAGCCACCAAUUGUGCAAGUUCUCCCACUUAAAAAGAUGAGAGAGGCCUGUAAUUUUCAUCAUAGGUACACGUCAACUAUGACAGACAAAUUGAGGAGAAAAAAUCCAGAAAAUCACAUUGUAGGAUUUUUUAUGAAUUUAUUUGCAAAUUAUGGUGGAAAAUAAGUAUUUGGUCACCUACAAACAAGCAAGAUUUCUGGCUCUCACAGACCUGUAACUUCUUCUUUAAGAGGCUCCUCUGUCCUCCACUCGUUACCUGUAUUAAUGGCACCUGUUUGAACUUGUUAUCAGUAUAAAAGACACCUGUCCACAACCUCAAACAGUCACACUCCAAACUCCACUAUGACCAAGACCAAAGAGCUGUCAAAGGACACCAGAAACAAAAUUGUAGACCUGCACCAGGCUGGGAAGACUGAAUCUGCAAUAGGUAAGCAGCUUGGUUUGAAGAAAUCAACUGUGGGAGCAAUUAUUAGGAAAUGGAAGACAUACAAGACCACUAAUAAUCUCCCUCGAUCUGGGGCUCCACGCAAGAUCUCACCCCGUGGGGUCAAAAUGAUCACAAGAACGGUGAGCAAAAAUCCCAGAACCACACGGGGGGACCUAGUGAAUGACCUGCAGAGAGCUGGGACCAAAGUAACAAAGCCUACCAUCAGUAACACACUACGCCGCCAGGGACUCAAAUCCUGCAGUGCCAGACGUGUCCCCCUACUUAAGCCAGUACAUGUCCAGGCCCGUCUGAAGUUUGCUAGAGUGCAUUUGGAUGAUCCAGAAGAGGAUUGGGAGAAUGUCAUAUGGUCAGAUGAAACCAAAAUAGAACUUUUUGGUAAAAACUCGUCGUGUUUGGAGGACAAAGAAUGCUGAGUUGCAUCCAAAGAACACCAUACCUACUGUGAAGCAUGGGGGUGGAAACAUCAUGCUUUGGGGCUGUUUUUCUGCAAAGGGACCAGGACGACUGAUCCGUGUAAAGGAAAGAAUGAAUGGGGCCAUGUAUCGUGAAAUUUUGAGUGAAAACCUCCUUCCAUCAGCAAGGGCAUUGAAGAUGAAACGUGGCUGGGUCUUUCAGCAUGACAAUGAUCCCAAACACACCGCCCGGGCAACGAAGGAGUGGCUUCGUAAGAAGCAUUUCAAGGUCCUGGAGUGGCCUAGCCAGUCUCCAGAUCUCAACCCCAUAGAAAAUCUUUGGAGGGAGUUGAAAGUCCGUGUUGCCCAGCGACAGCCCCAAAAUAUCACUGCUCUAGAAGAGAUCUGCAUGGAGGAAUGGGCCAAAAUACCAGCAACAGUGUGUGAAAACCUUGUGAAGACUUACAGAAAACGUUUGACCUGUGUCAUUGCCAACAAAGGGUAUAUAACAAAGUAUUGAGAAACUUUUGUUAUUGACCAAUUACUUAUUUUCCACCAUAAUUUGCAAAUAAAUUCAUUAAAAAUCCUACAAUGUCAUUUUCAGGAUUUUUUUUUUCUUAUUUUGUCUGUCAUAGUUGACGUGUACCUAUGAUGACAAUUACAGGCCUCUCUCAUCUUUUUAAGUGGGAGAACUUGCACAAUUGGUGGCUGACUAAAUACUUUUUUCCCCCACUGUAUAAGGUCCCACAGUUGACAGUACAUGUCAGAGCAAAAACCAAGCCAUGAGGUCAAAGGAGUUGUAGAGCUCCAAAACAGGAUUGUGUCGAGGCACAGAUCUGGGGAAGAGUUCCAACCUAUUUCUGCAGCAUUGAAGGUCCCCACAAACAUAGUGGCCUCCAUCAUUCUUAAAUGGAAGAAGUUUGGAACCACCAAGACUCUUCCUAGAGCUGGCCGCCCGGCCAAACUGAGCAAUCGUGGGAGAAGGGCCUUGGUCAGGGAGGUGACCAAGAACCCGAUGGUCACUCUGACAGAGCUCCAGUUCCUCUGUGGAGAUGGGAGAUCCUUCCAGAAGGACAACCAUCUCUGCAGCACUCCACCAAUCAGGCCUUUAUGGUAGAGUGGCCAGACGGAAGCCACUCCUCAGAAAAGUCACAUGACAGUCCACUUGGAGUUUGCCAAAAGGCACCUAAAGGACUCUCAGACCAUGAGAAACAAGAUUCUCUGGUCUGAUGAAACCAAGAUUUAACUCUUUGGCCUGAAUGCCAAGCGUCACAUCUGGAGGAAACCUGCCACCAUCCCUACGGUGAAGCAUGGUGGUGGCAGCAUCAUGCUGUGGGGAUGUUUUUCAGCGGCAGGGACUGGGAGACUAGUCAGGAUCGAGGCAAAGAUUAACGGAGAAAAGUACAGAGAGAUCCUUAAUAAAAACCUGCUCCAGAGCGCUCAGGACUUCAGACUGGGGUGAAGGUUCACCUUCCAACAGGACAACGACCCUAAGCACACAGCCAAGACAACGCAGGAGUUGCUUCGGGACAUGUCUCUGAAUGUCCUUGAGUGGCCCAGCCAGAGGACGGACUUGAACCUGAUCGAACAUCUCUGUAGAGACCUGAAAAUAGCUGUGCAGCGACGCUCCCCAUCCAACCUGACAGAGCUUGAGAGGAUCUGCAGAAAAGAAUGGGAGAAACUCCCCAAAUACAGGUGUGCCUAGCUUGUAGCGUUAUACCCAAGAAGACUCAAGGCUGUAAUCUCUGCCAAAUGUGCUUCAACAAAGUACUGAGUAAAGGGUCUGAAUACUUAUGUAAAUGUGAUAUUUCCGUUGUUUAUUUUUAAUACAUUUCUAAACUAGUUUUUUCUUUGUCAUUAUGGGGUAUUGUGUGUAGAUUGCAGAGAAAAAAAUAUGUAAUCCAUUGUAGAAUAAGGCUGUAAAGUAACAAAGUGUGUAAAAAGUCAAUUGGUCUGAAUACUUUCCGAAUGCACUGUCUCUCUUUGUGUGUGUGUGAGUGAGAGACUACAAAGGGUUAGUUAACCUGUGACCUUUACAUGUACUGGCCCUGGAGUCUCUCCUAUGGUCUCUCCCCAGUGGAUGACCUACAAUGUAGGUUCACAGAGUAGUGUGUGUGUGUGUGUUGUCUUUGUCCUUUGCCAUCAGCAAAGGACCACAGCAGGUGAGUGAUUUCAUAUGAAACCAGGACAACAACAAAAAAACUGAUUUUUGUGAUUUUCAUUAAAUGUAAUUCAUAGAAUUGUCCUUUGGAAGAUGGUUUGUUGACAUAUUUUACAUUUGUAUCUGAAAGUAUAGUUGAGAAUAAUUAAUAAAAGUUGGUAUGUUUAUGACAUGUUGGCCUUACCCAGGCAUCCUUUAAAGGUAAUGAACAAUCAAAAUCAUGUUUUUCAUGAAAAUUGAUGAUAUUUGAAGGAAACCAGAUCGAAAUAUGAUGACCAAAGUAUGGAAAAUGUUGCCUCUACAUUGAUAAAGUUUGAUUAUAAAGUUACUGGUCCCUUCCCCCAUGUCAAACACUUGGAUUCAUUAGUAAGGGGAAAAGGUGACAUCACCUUAACUCACAUUUAAAUACACCAAUGGUAACAUGAUAAUUUAAAUAAGUACCACCUUGUAACCAACAUCGGAGAAACAUCGUUUGCAGAUGGGCGUAAUUUAACUAGCUAGAUAGCUACUCUACUGGUAUCAAAAUUUGACUGUAGAGUGUCAGCAAAUAUAAUUACAAGUUUACCCUAUUCAUCUAUGGCAAAGAUACUCAUAUGUUUCCCCUUUCACCUGUGUCAGGUGUUAGCUAGUUACUGGCUAGCUAGGUCUUCAGCCUGCAUGGAACAAAAGGGGGUGAAGGGUUUUUCAAAACUCUGACGCCGUUGUCAAGUUAACACAUCCGUCAGUGCUGCUGUGAACUGCAUCACAAGAGAAAUGCCAAACGGGAGAUGUAUAUAUAUAUAUUUUUAAAGGAUAUAAUUGAUGUAAUUUCAAUGUUGUUUGAGUUGCUUUGUGUGUCACCACAUUUGCUUGAGAUGCAACACUGCUCACUGCAUCCAAGUUGCUUGACAUUUCAAAGAGCUGUCAUUCAAGGCGAGCUCAUGAAUAUAAGCUCCCCUCCCACUCAGCCUGUUUUUUCAAACUUCCUGGUAGUUAGCCAUGAGAGAAAAAGUACUUUUCAGAAUGACUGUUCAGGACCUUUAGGACUCCAAAAUGUUUAAUUUGUAGGUGCUACAGGCAUAAUGGUGUCAUAUGAAGCUUUACUGCUUGCUAUGUAAUAUGAGUAGUAUUUUAAUUUUUCUAACAUUAAUUUAUGAAUAUUGAAAAAACGAAACAUAUAAUUACAGAAAAAUAUUUGUUUUGGCAAAUCUUUCAAUAUAUUGUUGAACAUAAUAUAACAUAAUAUCUAAGUUCCAGAGUGGGAUCUCUGUUACUUGUAGAGUUAUGAUCUAAUAUGUAAGCAUUACCAACAGUGAAUGUGAAAAUUGAUUCAAAAUGGUCGCCCCUUGUGGUGAUUUGCAGCAUGUGCAAUGAUACAAAUAAAAGGAGGGCUGUUAUUGCUUACAUGGCCUACAGUGCCAAUUUCUCUGUAUAAAAUGGAACAUAACUUUAAAACUAGCAGAGAUUCCACUCUGGAAUUUUUUAUUGUUAUUAGGAUCCCCAUUAGCUGAUGCCAUAACGUCAGCUAAUCUUCCUGGGGUCCAACAAACGUUGAUAUCCCCGUAGAGUAUAUUAUGUUCAACGAUAUAUAAAGAAAUGAGCAAAAUAUUAUUCAUGUUGAUAUGGUUCAAUAUUCAUAAAUGAACGUAAAAAACACUACUCAUAUUACAGAGCAAGCAGUGAAGCUUCAUAUGACACCAUUGUGGAGGCUUAAACGAGGCCUGGGUAAGUCCAAAAUGUCAUAAAUAUUAUUUAUUUCUCAUUUAUGCUUUUAGAUAAAAAUGUCAAGUAUAUGUCAACAAUCCUUCCUCCAAAGGACCAUUCUAUGGAUUAAAUCUUGUUAAAAUACCCCAAAUCAUGGUCUUUUUUUGUCCUGUUUUCGUAUGGAAUCUCUCUGGUUUGUGUUGGCUCUCACCGUGUGUGUGUGCGCGCGAAAUGCACAUGCGUGCGUGCGUGCGUGCGUGCGUGCGUGCGUGCAUGCAUGCGUGUAUGUGCAUCUCUCAACUCCCUUUACUGAAGCCUCCAGUCAAACACAGUAUCCCCAGAAGAGAGGAUGUCUCUGUGGUCACUGACUGUAGUAGAUAGGAUCAACGUUUUAUUAACCUUAUCAGAUCAACUACAAACAUAGGCUGCUUCCCCAAUGGCAACCCAUUUACUAUAGUAGUGCACUACUUUUUGACCAGGCCCCAUAGGGCGCAAAGGGCUCUGGUCAAAAGUAGUGCACUAUGUUGGGAGUAUGGGUGCCAUUUGGGAUGGAUAUAGAAUGAAUGUUAUCCGAUCAACUAUAAACACAGUGAUGGAGAAUAUGACAUCACAGAGCUUGGAAACAGGGCUAACAACAGGAAGAGAGGACGCGGUUAGGAGGACUGAGAGUGAUCCUGGGAGAUAGCUGUUUGGGAUGUUCGACCUUAUCACAUGGAUGCAUCACUAUUCCCUAGGCUAGCCCUGGCUCUCAGUAUCCACACUGGGAGGGAGGAGGAACACACACUUGCGUCUGCACGCAUGUACGUAAAUGCACACACAUACAUGCACAUAAUAAGUAGACACGAGGAGUAGAAACCAACACACACACACAUAAUUCAGUUAUGAGUCACUCUCUCCCAGCCGUGUGUCCAUCAAUCUAUUUGACACACUAAGGAGGUAAGUGUUGUUAGGGGAGACCACGUCUCUGACUAAUACCCUGCUCUCCAUAUCCCCCAUUUACUGUGUGUGUGUGUGUGUGUGUCUGUUACUCCUCCUAUCAUGCAUCUUCAUCUAGACGGACAGGAGAUGUAUUUUUCCCCCAUUGAUAGCCAAGAGCUCCAAGGUUGACCUGCUUUCACUCUCUUUCAUUGCUUUCUCUCCAUCUUUCUAUCCCUCUCACGCUCAUUCUUUCUCGCUCUCUCUCUCUUUCACUCUCUCUCUCUCUUUCUCUAUCCCUCUCUCUUUCCGGGGGAGAUUUGUCAUGUCAACUACUUGGACGCGACUGUAUUCUGGCUAGAGGGAGUGUGUGUGAUUGUUUUCUAUUCGUCUUGCACAGCUCUCCUGGUCUCUUUCUUUCUCUCCUCCUCUCUCCCUCCUCUCUGUCCCUCAUCUCUCUCCCUCAUCUCUCUCCCCCUCUCUCCCUCCUCUCUGUCCCUCAUCUCUCUCCUCUCUGUCCCUCAUCUCCCUCCUCUCUGUCCCUCUAUACCUGUGGGUUGUGAUGUAUGUGCCAUUCAGGGCAGAGACAAUUAGAGCCACAUUGGAAACGCAAGCCGUCUGCUCCUCCCUCCCCCCUCGCCCCACCAACCGAUCUCCUCCCGUCUUUCCCAUCUAUGUGGUUGUAGUCGACCCUUCAACCCAUCCAAUGUCAUCAUGCUCUGUCUACCUGUCUGUCUGUCUGUCUGUCUGUCUGUCUGUCUACUCUCUCAUUCAAUUUCAACCCAUUUUACUCUAUUUGUUUGUCUGACCUCCCAAUCCCCUGUCAAAUUUCAACCCUGUAUCUUUCCAUUGCCCAACCCCCAACUUAAUUAUCUCGCUCACUCUAUCUCGCGCUCUCUCACUCUCUCACUCUCUCUCUCUCUCACUCUCUCACUCUACUCUCUCACUCUUCCUCUCCUCUUCACCUCAUUCUAUCUCAUCUUCAUCUCUACUACUACUCUACGUAUCUGAUCAUCUACUACAUCUCGCACAUCAUCUACUACUCUCGAUCCAUCUAUCUGAUCGGUGGAUGUACUAUGCUUCGGGCGAGCAAUUAGGCACAUCUGAGCAGCACGUCGCUGAUCACGAUCUAUCUACAGUCUAUUCAUCUAUCGGGUAUCACACUAUCACAUCAUGCUAUCAUGCUCUGUCUACGUCUAGUCUGAUCUGAUCACUAUCUAUCUAGUCUACGACAUUCUACUAUCAUCUUCAUUCAAUCUAUCAAACAUAUCUCUAUCUAUCUAUCGUAUUGAUUCUGACAUCUAUCAAUCUAGUCACAUCUACAUUUCAACACAUCUAUCAUCUAUCUCUAUGCACCACUAUCAUCUAUCACUACACUAUCUAUCAUCAUCUAUCUACUCUAUCUAUCUAUCUCUAUCUAUCAUCUACUACUAUCUACUACUCUCUACUAUCUAUCUAUCUAUCUAUCUAUCUAUCUAUCUAUCUAUCUAUCUAUCUACAAUCUGCAUGCAGGACUCCAAGAUGGGGUUUGGUAUCGCUGUGUCGGGGGGGCGGGACAACCCCAACGUGGAGAACGGCGAGACUUCAAUCAUCGUGUCAGACGUUUUGCAGGGAGGACCAGCUGAUGGACUACUGUUGUACGUUACACCGCUUCCUCAUUAUGCCAUUAACUACUAUUUCCUCUUAUGUCAUCAACUAUUGCUUUCUCUUCCUCUUAUGUCAUCAACUACUUCCUGUGAAUCUCAGUAGUUUGAAGACCUCGUCCUCAUCUCCUCUCCUUCAUCUGCACUGAUUUGAAAACAUAGGUGAAAAGCAAGGUUUUUACCUGUCCAGUUUUUUUUUCUCCAAAUCAGUACAGAUGAAAGAAAGGAAGGACACAAUGAGAGGAAGCCAUUUUUGACUAUUGAGGUGCGCCCCUAGAUUGAGUUCCGAACCCUUUAUUUGAGGUUUUGUGUGAACUGUGUGUUUUGUUGUUUCCCUCCCCAGUGAAAAUGACCGUGUGAUCCAAGUCAACUCCAUCCUCAUGGACAACGUGCCUCAUUCCUUCGCUGUGCAGCAGCUACGCAAAUGUGGGAAGACCGCCAAGAUAGUGAGUAUCACUGUAGUUAGUUAGAUUGCAGGAAGGAAGCCAACUAAAGAAGGUAGGCAACAAUGGCCAAUUGUUCAAGAGAUUUGUGUUUUUCCAUUGGCCAUUAGAUAUAUCAUAGUGUUGCUGGAUUGGCAAUGUUAAUAUAGGCCAGACUUGGAAAAAUAGAUUUUCAUACAUUGAUCCCAAUGAUGUAAUAGUUGACCAGAUUUAUACAGAGAUGAUUUGGCCUUGACAGUUAUUCAACCCAGCAGUUAAACAAGUUAAGCUGACAAGUUCAGCUAGUUCUAACAGUGUGGGAGUGGAACACCAUACAGACAGCCACAGUACUGCCGAGCGAGGUGUUUUACACUUCACUGAGCUGACCCCAUUCUUUCCAGGUGAUGCUCCUUUAACACUGCACAGCCAGAAAUAACCUUACUAACCUUACUGUCAUGGCCUCUGCUCCUGCCCCGCCCCUGCUCCUGGCUCUGUGUGCGUGUGUGUCUCAUGGGUGUUUUGUUGCACGUGUUAACUAAAUCGAUCCUUUCCAUCAAAAUGCAGCAGUCUAGUGUUCAGUCUCUAACAGUUUACCCUGUCUGUCUCUCUCUGUGUGUGUGUGUGUGUGUCUUUGUCUCCCCCAGACAGUGAAGAGACCUCGGAAGGUGGCUCUCCACUCCCUGAAACACCCUCCCUCUCCUGGCGCCGAGAGUCGAGACUUCGGCUCCACCCGCUACUACGAUGCCGAUGACAACCAGAGUGACGGGGGCUGGCAUCGUGGCAACGGUGGUCCUGGUUACAACCGCGAGCCUCGCGACCUCACCCCUGACAACAAGAGCUACCUGGACCCCGACUACGGCGGCCAUGGUAACCGAGGGAGAAGCCGGGGGAGGAGCAAGGAGAGGGCGUCGCAGAGCCCGGAGCCUCACCGCGACAACAGCAGGGGGCGGGCCUUGGACCGGGAGCCACCCAGUCCCGAGAGGCCACGGUAUCCACGGGAACGCAGCCGGGGGAGGAGCACGGACCGGGAGAGAGGAGGGGGAGGAGGAAGUCCAGGUGGGAGGAACUACAGCCGGGGAGACAGCUACGAGCGAGGAGGGGGGCGGUACGGCGAUGGGGGAGGUACCGGGGGGAGGAUGGUGAAGAGUAAGAGUAGAGACCACCUCCAAGAGCCGUCCCGAUCGCCCUCCCCUGACCCCCCCCGAGGAGGAGCUAGAGACCUGGAGCCCUUGGAGAAACCUGUUAACGUCCUGCUGGUCAAGAACAGACCCAACGAAGGUGAGAAGCUGUGAUCAAUAAUUUUUUUAGAUUAGCAAACUUAGGCAUGACAUGCCAGCAACAAACGCUGACACUACACAUCCAAGUAUAUCUGACCAAAUUAUGAAAGACAAGCCUUGUAAUUUUGAAUUCCGUAAAGUGAGUGUGGAAAAGGUGAAAAAAUGAUUGUUGUCUAUCAACAAUGACAAGCCACCGGGGUCUGACAACUUGGAUGGAAAAUUACUGAGGAUAAUAGCGGAUGAUAUUGCCACUCCUAUUUGACAUAUCUUUCAUUUAAGCCUACUAGAAAGUGUGUGCCCUCAGGCCUGGAGGGAAGCAAAAGUCAUUCUGCUACCUAAGAAUAGUAUAGCCCCCUUUUACCGGCUCAAAUAGCCAACCACUUAGCCUGUUACCAACCCUUAGUAAACAUAUGUGUGAUGGCUUUACACCCCCUGCUAUAUUGUGGAUAAAGAGUUAUCUGUCUAACAGAGCACAGAGGGUAUUCUUUAGUGGAAGCCUCUCCAACAUAAUCCAGGUAGAAUCAGAAACACCCCAGGGCAGCUGUCUAGGCCCCUUGCUUUUUUCAGUCUUUACUAAUGACAUGCCACUGGCUUUGAGAAAAGCCAGUGUGUCUAUGUAUGUGGAUGACUCAACACUAUACACGUCAGCUACUACAGCGACUGAAAUGACUGCAACACUUAACAUAGAGCUGCAGUUAGUUUCAGAAUGGGUGGCAAGGAAUAAAUUAGUCCUAAAUAUUUCAAAAACUAAAAGCAUUGUAUUUGGGACAAAUGAUUCACUAAACCCUAAACCUCAACUAAAUCUUGUAAUAAAUGAUGUGGAAACUGAGCAAGUUGAAGUGACUAAACUGCUUGAAGUAACCCUGGAUUGUAAACUGUCAUGGUCAAAAUAUAUUGAUACAACAGUAGCUAAGAUGGGGAGAAGUCUGUCCAUAAUAAAGCGUAGCUCUACCUUCUUAACAGCACUAUCAACAAGGCAGGUCCUACAGGCCCUAGUUUUGUCGCACCUGGACUACUGUUCAGUCGUGUGGUCAGGUGCCACAAAGAGGGACUUAGGAAAAUUGAAAUUGGCUCAGAACAGGGCAGCACGGCUGGCCCUUGGAUGUACACAGAGAGCUAACAUUAAUAAUAUGCAUGUCAAUCUCUCCUGGCUCAAAGUGGAGGAGAGAUUGACUUCAUCACUACUUGUAUUUGUGAGAGGUAUGUUGAAUGCACCGACCACCCAUGCAUACCCCACAAGACAUGCCACUAGAGGUCUCUUCACAGUCCCAAAGUCCAGAACAGACUAUGGGAGGCACACUGUACUACAUAGAGCCAUGACUACAUGGAACUCUAUUCCACAUCAAGUAACUGAUGCAAGCAGUACAAUUUGAUUGUCAUGCAAACACACACACACACACACACGAUAACAUAUGCACUAUACACACGCGUACAAAUAGAUUUUGUGUUGUAUAUUUGUGGUAGUGGAGUAGGGGCCUGAGGGCACACACUUUUAGUGUGUUGUGAAAUCUGUUAUGAAUGUAUUGUAAUGUUUUUAAAUUGUAUAACUGCCUUAAUUUUGCUGGACCCCCUGCCUUGGCAGCAUCUAAUGGGGAUCCAUAAUAAAUACAAAUACAAAUCAUGUAUUUUCCUUUACAAUAAGUGAUCAGGAAGGAGGGAGCAUAUGAAUAACUGUGUCCCAAAUGGCACCCUGUUGCCUACAGUAUAUAAAGCAAUACAUUUGACCAGGGCUCAUUUGGCCCCCCAUGUAGCUCAGUUGGUAGAGCAUGGCGUUUGCAAUGCCAGGGUUGUGGGUUCGAUUCCCACGGGGGGCCAGUAUGAAAAAUGUAUGCACUCACUAACUGUAAGUCGCUCUGGAUAAGAGCGUCUGCUAAAUUACUAAAAUGUAAAUGUAAAAAAUGUGGGACACGGUAAAUGUUUACUGCUUUGAUUUGGAAGGGUCAGUUUAUUAUUUGCGCUAUAAGGUUGUAAGGUCAGACGUGAAAGUGGUUUUAAGUUUCAGGCUGUGUAUGUUCUCUGGUUGCCGCAGCUGGUCACUAAGUGUUUGUGUGUGUCUAGAGUAUGGUCUGCGUCUGGGCAGUCAGAUAUUCAUCAAGGAGAUGACCAGUACAGGACUGGCUGCCAAGGACGGAAACCUACAGGAGGGAGACAUCAUCCUCAAGGUAAUAUACCCACACACACAAUUAAUCUCUUGUGCUCUCCUUUACACACACAUACUCUCAAUGGAAGUUCAAUUGGUCGUCAUUGGCAUGACUGCAAAGCAGGAUGCUGCCAAAGAGGAACCUUUUAAUCCUCUCUCCCACCAAACUGUCAAAUCACUACUCAUCUAACACUCAUUUACACUAAUUUCUCCUUCUCUCUCCUGUCCUCUCCUCUCCCGUCUCUCGCAUCUCUUCCCUCGCUCCAGAUCAAUGGGACAGUAACAGAGAACCUGUCUCUGAACGAUGCAGGGAAGCUCAUAGAGAAGUCUAGAGGGAAACUCCAACUGGUCGUCCAGAGAGACCGCCGCCAGAUCCUCAUCCGUAUCCCGCCCCUCGUAGACUCCGACUCCGAACCUGAUGGUGAGUGGCUGACAGGGGAGGGGGAGGGAUUACAGACACCUGUCCUGACCAAUAGCAGUGCAGUAUUCAGAAUGCAGAGGAUGACAGAAACAUUUUUACAUUGAUAUUUUAGUCAUUUAGCAGACGCUCUUAUCCAGAGCGACUUACAGUUAGUGAGUGCAUACAUUUUUCAUACUGGCCCCCCGUGGGAAACGAACCCACAACCCUGGCGUUGCAAACGCCAUGCUCUACCAACUGAGCUACAGGGGACCUGUCCUGACCAAUAGCAAAGCAGUAUUCAUAGAGAGUAGGGGGGUUUGAGUGGGUUAGAUUGCCUGUAGAAUGUCCCAGAGGGCUACAGGGCUACAUUGCGUGUUAGUUUUCUCUGCUCCACUGCACUUACAGAUCAUUGAUCACUGUACUGUAUAGUGUUGCCAAGUCUCAUUGGCAACACUAUACACUGAUCAUGAAAACCAGCACCAUUCUUUGGCCCAAAACUGGGUCUUUCACAAGCAUGAAUAGGUCAAAUCACUUCAGUUGAUGUGGUAGUGUACGUUACAUUUGCAGGUUAAAAAGGUCAAAUAGGAAACUGAUCAGUUUAGGAUUUAGGUGAAGAUAUCCAAGUUUACUCAGGUUUGUUAUCAAUAGAAAACGAUAUUCAAAUGUAUCCAAUGGCAUUAUUUCAACAUUCCUCCAGAGUAGACAGCCACCAAAUCAGGCCACGGCCCUGUUGAGGUAAAAAUAUCUGGCAUUCAACGGGUUAAAAAUAACACAUUUAACAUUUGUAAAGUCUCACGUUUCUGCUUGCAGCUGCCAUAUCACACACACACAGAGGUUAUAGAGUCCAUUCGUAGUUUACUUAAUGUACUUAAUGUACACAUAAGAUAUAGUGACCUAAAAUGGUUCAUUACUAGCCUAAGUACACUAUUUAAGGGUAAACAUUUUGGACGUUUACUCUCAUACUAGGAAGUUAAACCGACCAUGAAUAUACAGUAUUGACAACAAAAAUAGAUUUCCUCAAUCGUAACCUACAAAAGAGAAAUUAUUUUUUGUCUUCUCUCUUCCAGAUAAAAUGUCAUACUUUUAGAUGAAGGACCACCCAAGAGAGUCACAACAGUAACGUUUGCAUUGGUUGCCUUUAAACUGUAAAAAUGAACUCUGCCAACCACUACAUUACUACAAGUUGUAAAGCUUUCACACUUUGCACUUCCUUUUUUGCUAUUAAACUUUAAUUUUUUAAUAUUUUCCUAAAACCAAUAAAAUAUUUUAAUCACUAUCUAUUUUGUACUGUGUGAUUUAUUAAGGACAGUAGGUUGAAUAAUGCCAAUGGAACAAAUAUUACAUUUUUACUGUACAUUUAGUACAAAUAUUUUACUGUAGUUUUAGUUGUACUUAAAAGUACAUGCAGUACAAGCUUUGUAGCAGUUAAAGUGAUUGUUUUAUUCUACAUAUAGCAUUGAUACAUAUUUGACCAUAUUCUGUCAUUAGUAAAAACAUGCAACAACUUAGAGAAGGGGUAAUAACUUAGCGACAUUUCAAAUACAGAUUUCAAAUACAGAUUUGAAAUUGCAUAAAAAAAACAUGUCUUGUACAGUAUAAAUGGGUAAGAUUACUGCAUCAUUAUAACCAUUGUAACAACAUAUUAAUACAGUGGGGGAAAAAAGUAUUUAGUCAGCCACCAAUUGUGCAAGUUCUCCCACUUAAAAAGAUGAGAGAGACCUGUAAUUUUCAUCAUAGGUACACGUCAACUAUGACAGACAAAAUGAGAAAAAAAAUCCAGAAAAUCACAUUGUAGGAUUUUUAAUGAAUUUAUUUGCAAAUUAUGGUGGAAAAUAAGUAUUUGGUCAAUAACAAAAGUUUAUCAAUACUUUGUUAUAUACCCUUUGUUGGCAAUGACACAGGUCAAACGUUUUCUGUAAGUCUUCACAAGGUUUUCACACACUGUUGCUGGUAUUUUGGCCCAUUCCUCCAUGCAGAUCUCCUCUAGAGCAGUGAUGUUUUGGGGCUGUCGCUGGGCAACACAGACUUUCAACUCCCUCCAAAGAUUUUCUAUGGGGUUGAGAUGUGGAGACUGGCUAGGCCACUCCAGGACCUUGAAAUGCUUCUUACGAAGCCACUCCUUCGUUGCCCGGGCGGUGUGUUUGGGAUCAUUGUCAUGCUGAAAGACUCAGCCACGUUUCAUCUUCAAUGCCCUUGCUGAUGGAAGGAGGUUUUCACUCAAAAUCUCACGAUACAUGGCCCCAUUCAUUCUUUCCUUUACACGGAUCAGUCGUCCUGGUCCCUUUGCAGAAAAACAGCCUGAUGUUUCCACCCCCAUGCUUCACAGUAGGUAUGGUGUUCUUUGGAUGCAACUCAGCAUUCUUUGUCCUCCAAACACGACGAGUUGAGUUUUUACCAAAAAGUUCUAUUUUGGUUUCAUCUGACCAUAUGACAUUCUCCCAAUCCUCUUCUGGAUCAUCCAAAUGCACUCUAGCAAACUUCAGACGGGCCUGGACAUGUACUGGCUUAAGUAGGGGGACACGUCUGGCACUGCAGGAUUUGAGUCCCUGGCGGCGUAGUGUGUUACUGAUGGUAGGCUUUGUUACUUUGGUCCCAGCUCUCUGCAGGUCAUUCACUAGGUCCCCCCGUGUGGUUCUGGGAUUUUUGCUCACCGUUCUUGUGAUCAUUUUGACCCCACGGGGUGAGAUCUUGCGUGGAGCCCCAGAUCGAGGGAGAUUAUUAGUGGUCUUGUAUGUCUUCCAUUUCCUAAUAAUUGCUCCCACAGUUGAUUUCUUCAAACCAAGCUGCUUACCUAUUGCAGAUUCAGUCUUCCCAGCCUGGUGCAGGUCUACAAUUUUGUUUCUGGUGUCCUUUGACAGCUCUUUGGUCUUGGCCAUAGUGGAGUUUGGAGUGUGACUGUUUGAGGUUGUGGACAGGUGUCUUUUAUACUGAUAACAAGUUCAAACAGGUGCCAUUAAUACAGGUAACGAGUGGAGGACAGAGGAGCCUCUUAAAGAAGAAGUUACAGGUCUGUGAGAGCCAGAAAUCUUGCUUGUUUGUAGGUGACCAAAUACUUGUUUUCCACCAUAAUUUGCAAAUAAAUUCAUUAAAAAUCCUACAAUGUGAUUUUCUGGAAAAAAAAAUCUCAAUUUGUCUGUCAUAGUUGACGUGUACCUAUGAUGAAAAUUACAGGCCUCUCUCAUCUUUUUAAGUGGGAGAACUUGCACAAUUGGUGGCUGACUAAAUACUUUUUUCCCCCACUGUAUUCUUCCUUCAGUAUUAACAGGAGUUGAAUACUACAGGAUUUGAGUGAAUAAUUGUAAAUAUUUUAUCACAUAGUUUGUUUAACAUACAACAUUACCAUUUCAUACAAAGUAUUCUUUACAUUUUCAAGGCUAAUCAUUUACAUUUCCAGACAUGGUCUCUUCCUGUAAUUGUGACGGUAUGUGUGAUAAACUGAUCUCAGACCAGCCUAUGAAAACAAACCUGAUUUCCGUUGUCUGUCUCCUGUCACAGCAAACCAGCUCUGAUAGGCGGAUUACCAGGAAGUAGUGGGUGGCUGAAGGCCGCUAUUGGCUGAAGGCAGGGAAUAGGGCAGUUGAGUAUUUGAAUAGAGAACAGAGAAGAACAGGAUCACUGGCUGACCCACUUACUACCUGCAUCCUUACUGCCUGUCUCCUCAUAAACCAUUCGUUUUGGAUGAGGUCUUUCAGUAAAUUCCUUAUUCCACUAUUAUCUAGAUACCCCUCCUCAUAAACCAAACAUCCCGACGCCACUACUCUCUCACCCCAUCCCACCUCUCCUCACCCCAUCCCACCCAUCUCUCACCCCUCCAUAUAAUCCAGAUUAGAUUGUCAGGAUGGAAUUCAUCCCACCCUCAAUGAUGGAACAGAUCUCAUGGUGUGUGUGUGUGUGUGUGUGUGUGUGUGUGCGCGUGCGGGAGAGUUCCUGGAGGACCUGUGCUUCUGAGACCGUAAUCUCAACCCUUACUCUAAAUUACCCUGUGUGCUUUCCCUCCGGAGUUAAAACCUUCCGAUGGUGGAUUUUAUCAGCCCGUUAUUUCUCUGUGGCAUGGUUUGUUUAUAUCUCUCUCUCCUCCCCUUCCAAAGCCCUAGCCGCCCCGCCUGUGCCCAUGCCAGUACUCUUGAUUAAAGAGAGGGGAGAGACAGAGAGAGAGAGAGCAGAGGGGGAUAGCGAGAGGGAAAGAGUGCAGGGAGAGAGAGUAGGGAAAGAGGGAGUAGAUAGGUGGAGAUCAGGGUGCAGACACUGUACAAAAACAGACCACUCUGUUCAGUUCAGUACGUAUUAACAAACAGACCCUCAGUGGUGUAGUGGAGUGUAUACGCAGGUACAGUGUACACCAUAUACCCACUUUUUUGGGGGGGGCAUUGCAUAUACUCACUUCUUAAUCCCCGUGAUGUGUAUCAAAGUAGUGUAGUGGAGGUGUACGCUGUAUCAAUGAAUAAGGCUGAUGGAACAGAUCAUAAUGUUUAGCUUAAAAUGUUGAUAAACUUUUAUUUCUUCAUGUUUUAAGCGCAGCAAUGUGCACACGGCGGCAGGCCUUCAUGCAAAUGUUUGAAAAUGUAAUUUGCGGGAAAAUACUAUUUUAAAAUGCGCACCGCACAUGCAAGCGGUUUCAUGGACAGAGAGGAGAUCUAAAGAAAGAGGGGAGAUUUAGAAAGAGGGGAGAUCUAAAGAUGCAACCACUAUCAUAGGUUGCUAAUAUGACUAGGAUAAUGCCUUUAGCUACUAGACAAUGAAGGAAAGUUGAUUUGAAAACCAAUAGUCCCGUGUAGCUCAGUUGAUAGAGCAUGGCGCUUGCAACGCCAGGGUUGUGGGUUCGAUUCCCACAGGGGACCAGUAAGUCCUGGAUAAGAGCGUCUGCUAAAUAACUAAAAUGUAAAUGUAGAACAGGAGAGCACAUAUGAGGAGGUCUUUAUAAAGUAAUUGCCUCCAUGUUUCUAUGGUGGGAUUUUGGCUAUUUUGAAGCAAGGUAAGAAAUGCCUCAUAAUAUGAAGUAAAACGUUCAAGUUUCAAACAAUGAAGGAACAGGAAAAAUAUAGAGAUGCUAAUUAUAGGCCUAACCGUCUUCUGGUAGAUGGAAAGGCUUUCUCAAAAACCUUCUCAAUUAAAUGUUAACUAGCUAUAAAGUAGCCUAUGCCUACCUGGCAGAAUGAUUUCGUGAUUAUUUGCAAACUCCAUCUCAUGUGUGCUACAGAAACGCUGCUAACCGAACAACAGUGCUAGGUGCCUGCACAGUUGAAUUAAAGGGGAACUAUACACAAAGAAAAUCAAAAAUGUCUUAGAUUUUUCCCAGACCUCACAAAUGGUCUCCUAAUGUGGCUUAAACAUUGUUAUGGAAUUAGAACAUCCAAUUUUUUUGUUUUUCUAUUUAAAAAGUUUGACAAUUUUUUUUGUGUGGGGGGGGGGGGGGGGGGAGAGAAAUCUGAUACCUGUGAAUUUCUGAGUCAGUUGAAAGUCUCAGACUACUAUUAGUCUACUUGCACACUACUGCUAUACCCACUUCUCCAGUCACCACUGCACACACACACACACACACACACACACACACACACACACACACACACCAGCUAAACCAACCAACCAAUCAACUAGCUUUAUUCAUCUUUAGUUUUGACCUGUUUGUGGCUUUCAUGUUUCGAUGUUUCAAUCCACCCGUCAAUAAACCCACCUGUUACUGUAUGUGUGGCUCUCCUGCUGGAAAUACACCAUCUGCUGUUAUGAGAGGCAUGUCUGUCGAUAUGUCUGUCCAGCCAUCUGUCUGUUCAGCUGUCUGUCCGUCCGUCUGUCUAUCUACCUCUGUGUCUGUCUGCCUAUCUGUCUCUGUGUCUGUCUGUCUCUGUCUGAAGUUCUUUACAGGAGCUGAGGAGCGUUGAUGCAACAGGAUCAUGCACUUUCAGAUGCAACACCACCACUCACAGUAACGACUUCACUCGCCCCUCCCUCUCUCUCUUUCUUUCUCCUUUUCUAUCGCUCUUACUCCUCGCUCUCAAUCUCUAAAACCCCCUUUCGAGACCGCCCAUUCCAGCCCCUACUUCCAGCCACCCGCACACCUCCGGAACGACGCCAAAAGCAGCCAACGGAGGAGCAGCGCAAGAGCAAGCCGAGAGAGAGCGACCCCGACUCUCUCUUAGAGAGCUCUCUCUCUCUCGAGGCUUCGCUCAGUCAGUCUCUCUCUGACCUUCGCCUCACUCUCUCACUCUCGCUUGCUCCGGAGUCUCCUCGAUCUGCUCGAGCUCGCUCCUUCGUGGUCCCGAUCGCCUCUCUCUUCUAUCUCUUAUCAUCUCUCUCUCUCAUUAUCCAUCUCCUUCUCUCUGCGCUCUCUCUCUCUCUCUCUCCCUCCCUCUCCUCCCUCUCUCUCUCCCUGAUGAGGACCAUGGAGUCAUCACUUUUUCCACUCCACUGCUCUUCACUACACAAUGAUGUGUUACAGUAACCGUCUGUCUCAAUGACUCUAACUCUAAUUUAAUUAAUAGAGAUUUAAUGGACUGUCCCAAGGAAACAUCACCAUGGUCGGCCCCACUAACAAAUUCACUUUAAAUCACUUUUUAAUUGGCCGACAAUUAAAUGUGAAAAAUGUAUUUGGUAAUGGAGUGAGACUGAAUAUACUACUAUGCCCUAGCUAGUGCCAAAGCCAUAGAGCUAUGGGGGAAUAGUUUAGGGCCAUGAGUUUUAUCGACCUUAAAACACUCUGGGCUAUAGUUUUCUGGGCUAUAGGCCUGGCGGUUUUCCUGGUUAGGUUACAGGGCACUAGAUAUGAUGUGUCUAUCUACCUACCCAUGGCACAUUUUAAACAGGGCAGUUUCACAGUCUCUCUCUCUCUCUCUCUCUCUCUCUCUCUCUCUCUCUCUCUCUCUCUCUCUCUCGCGCUCUCUCUCUCUCGCUCUAACACCUGGGUCCUCUCAAAGCCUGUUAAAAGCUCCUCUUUUCCACAGGCUUCUAUGUACUCUCCCUCCUCCUCUCCUCCUCUCCUCCUCUUUAGAACACUGCUCUGAGUCCCACAUCUACGGCCGAGACAGUUUUAGAUCAAAACCAUGACAGACAAAUGAAAGGCUUCUCAUUGGCAGAGACAUCAGAGGGAAUAAACGGGAACAGAGUGACAGAACUAAGUGACCGAGGCCUGUUAGAUCGCUAUACUGUACAGUACAGUCUGUAUAUGUCAGUAGUGUACUACAGGCCUAGCGUGGCGACUGGUGCUCACUACCUUUUCAUUUCACUGUUAUGAAACCAUACAGACAAUCUAAUACAUGUCUAUCUAGUCAUAGAAUACAUAGAAACACUGAUCUGGAGACUUAACCUCUUCAGUUGUUAUGAGUCAUAGAUAUCAUAUUUGCAUACUAAAUACUAUGUGUAUGUCAGUAUGCCUUUGUAAGGACUUUGGCAAAUCUCCAGAAUUUCCAACAGUCACUCUGGUUUAGAAUGACAGUAUACUGUAUUCUCUGUUUUAAAAUGCCAUUAAUAUACUCUACAGUAUUUACUGUGGUUUAGAUGGACAGUACAGUAUAGUACAGAACUGUUGUAUAUACUGUGAAGUCACUCAGAGCAUGUUAUAGAGAGGCAAGAGAAUGCUUCAAUAACUCUAACUCUAUCUGACUCCUACACAGCUAGGGGACUGGUGAUUCUUCUUGGGACAGCCAAUCAGGUUUCCACUGGUGUACAAAUUCUCCUGGUGAAGGGAACACAGUCCAUACGAUUUCCUUGUCUCUCUAACCUCCUAUGUGUCUCUCUCUCUCUCUCUCUGUCUCUCUCUCUCUCUCUCUCUCUCUCUCUCUCUCUGUCUCUGUGUGUCUCUCUCUGUGUGUCUCUCUCUCUCUCUCUCUCUCUCUGUGUCUCUCUCUCUCUCUCUGUGUCUCUCUCUCUCUCUGUGUCUCUCAGAUAUCUCAGAGAUGGAGUCCUACUCCCCACAGGAGGACCGUAGAUCUCGCCAGUCGGACCUAUCCUCCCACUCCUCCAACGAGAGAGAGAACCCCAGGUAGGAUGGAGGUAGGGAAGGAGGGAGUGUUAUUCUAGAAUAGAGAGAGAGAGAGGGAGGAUUUAACCUGUCUGUUGAUGAAUAUAUGGAUGGAUUAGAGAUGUGAGAGGAGAAGACAGAUACAGUAUAGGUCAGUCAGAUAUGUUAUUAAAGUUGUUGUUACUGUACUGUGUUAAAUAACUAACCAACCUGUCCUGGGUGGGUGGAUGUGAGAGGAGAGCUUCAUAAUAGGUCAGUGAGAGGUACUGUUACAGUUGUUGUUACAGUGUCCAACCUAUCCAGUGUGUGUCCCUCCCACCCAGACCUCUAACCAGCCUGGAAGACUCUCCCAGGGUAGCCAAGAUGUCUGCCAUGGCCUCGCCCUUUAGGGUGCCCCCCCUACAGGACCCCCACGCCCCGGGCCCUGCCCCCGUCCCGGGCCCUGCCAUCCUGGACUCAGAGGGGCUGCCACGCCUCGACGAGCCACCAGGUACCCACAAUGCAUUUUUUACCCACAAUGCAUCUAGAAAAGUGGCCUCAAAUCCUUCCUGAGCCCUGUUUAAAUUCAGUCUUAUAACAUUCGCAGCCAGGUGUUAGGCUACAGCUUUUCAACCUGGCAUUAUCCAGCCUUUCAUUGAAAGAGUAUGUAAUCAACCAGUUCAGGUGGUCAUUGAUGAGAACUCACCCGUCAGUAUUUGUUAAGAUGUGUUCAUGUAUUGUUUACCAGCGUCAGCAAAGACCACUCCUAAGAUUCUGCUACGCCCCAGCCCAGAGGAUGAAGAGCUCUAUGGGUGAGUAGAUCACAGUGCAGAGUUUAAGUGCCCUAUAAGAAACCCUGACCUGGCUAACACAUGGAAAGAGGGAGAGUCAUAGGAGGACUCUCCUCUCCUUUAUUUUCCUCUCCUCUCCUCCUCAUUCAUAUUCAUGAUGCAUCCAUGGCUCCAUCUCUCUGCUGUGUGUGCUUGCGUUUAUGUGUGUGGGUCCGUAGGGAGGGAGGGUUAUUUUUACGUUCUCCUACCGCUGGGCUGGGCGGGGUGUGCUGACAGACACUAUUUGUCUGUAGUCUGAGGGAAGGAGUGUCUCAGCCCUCCUCUCUCUACUGCAGGUGAAACUUAGAAUACACAACUAGCUGCAGACUAACUGCCUCGUAGUCUGACCUUGAUCAGAACUUCUAUUACCUGCAACUAGCUACAUGUAGUCUGAGUUAGAAGGGACAUAACUGAAUUUAUAAUGACAAAGGUUUCUUGCAUGUUUUUUUGUUUUUACAACAGGAUAGUUCCUAAGCCAGUGUUUGAAUUGGGGUAGAGAAAGUUCCACCACCUUUUUUUCUCACCAUUUGAGUUGAUCCUAAUGUAACCAUUUGUAAUGUUGCUAUCCAUUCAGCGCUAACACAGUGAUGGUGAGUUUCCAGAAGGGGGACAGUGUGGGUCUGAGGCUGGCGGGAGGUAACGAUGUGGGCAUCUUCAUCGCUGGCAUCCAGGAGGGCAGUCCUGCCGAGGAGGAAGGGCUACGCACCGGAGACCAGAUCAUGAAGGUAACCACCUUUUGGCACCGUGAACAGCAUUGGACCGUCUGAGGCAAAUACUGUACAUCUGUAAACUCAACACCAACUUUCUGAAAGUGAAUAUCUGUUGUGUUGAUCGCUGGAGACGCAUAUUGUUAAUUGCAGUCAGUAAAACAACCCUUAAUUUCCCCAUGAAACGUGUGUGUGUGUGGUGCAGGUGAAUAGCGUGGACUUCCGAGGCAUCGUGAGAGAGGAGGCUGUUCUGUUCCUGUUGGAGAUUCCUAAAGGAGAGGACGUCACCAUACUGGCCCAGAGUAAACCUGAUGGUGAGGCUUCUACAAGGUUCUAGAGAUUGUUUCACAGAGUUCUAGAGAGUUCUCUAGUCUUCAUCGUGUUUCACAGGGUUCCCAGGGUUUCCUGGUUCUAUAGUACUUCAGAGGGCUCUAGACAUCGGUUCUAUAUACACGUCUUCGGUUCUUGACUUGUUGACUUGUUGUUUUCCAGAGAGUUCCAAAGCGCUAAUCUACACUGCCCCUUAGUAUUCCAUAGUUAUCCACAUAAUCUGAUUUAAUUUCAGAAGAAAAAGACGUAGACUUUUCCUACUUUUACUGGGGAAUAUGGUAGCGUUCACUAAAUUAUGAAAUGUUUACUUUCAUUAAGUGAUGCAGUGUUUCCUGACAAGACAUAAUAAUAUAUGCCAUUUAGCAGAUGCUUUUAUCCAAGGUACAGUCAUGCGUGCACACAUUUUACAUAUGGAUGGUCCUGGGAAUCGAACCCACUACCCUGGCGUUACAAGCGCCGUGCUCUACCAACUGAGCUACAAACUUUGGCUACGUUACAAAUGAACAAUGUGGAACAGCUUGAUGGAAAAGGGAGAGUGGGUCAGUCCUUUUUCUUAGAGUCCGUCUAGUUGAAUAGGGGCUAUAUGCAGCAGGAUAUGAGAGGAUUCAAGUGAACAGUGGAAUAAACCCAUGAGCAGAGUAGUGCACACUGUCCUCUCCAUGCUCCUCUCUACUCAUUACACAAACACUGUGGGUCACACCGCAGGGCUACACGCACGCAUGCACGCACAAUCUCACACAAAUGCAGACAAGUACACACACACACACACACACACACAUAUAAUAACUUUGUGUCAGUGUGAUACAGAGACACCAGCUUGUUGCCCAUCGGCACUGAAACCAGUUACAGCCAGUCACACACACACACACACACACACACACACAGAGGGGGACACACAAGUUACGUAAUGAGAACAUUGCCUCAUAAACCCAUUGCCCCUGAAAUGUGACAUGUAACAUGUACAGUACAAACCGUGUCUCUGUAUAACUGUGUUUAUGUAUGUACUAUGUACUGUAGAAGUUCAUCUUUAAAUGAAUGAAUCUUUAAAAACUGUGUUAGUGUGAACUAUGUGAAUACUACUAGACUAUAAACUGUAUGUUCAUGUCUGUGUGGGUGCUUAGUCGUGUCUGUUUAACUAUGAUGGCACCCUAUGUCAUUUUGUAGCGCACUACUUUUGGGAUGCAUCCUGUGUGUGUGAGAGGUACCAGGGGCCGCCUCAUCUGCAGACAAACAAACAGACAGAAAGACAGGCAGGCAAGCAGGGAGCCGUGAAUUGUGGGAGGUGCGGUCUAUUAGCCAGCCAGGCUGUGUAAAGCUAGCAGCUGGGUUGUCGGGGAGCGCUGUGGGAACACUAUUGAAUUUGAAACCCCACCAAAUCUUGUACUACAACUCUGCACAUGCAUGCAUGCACACAUACAUACAUACACACACACACAAACACACACACACACACACACACACACACACACACACACUGACAGCCAGCCUAGGAGAGAAGGACAGGCGUGACUGACCUCUACUGUCUCCAUCCCUCCUCUCUCUUCCUUUCUCAUCCCUUUCUUGCUCUCUUCCUCACUCUCUCUCUUCCUCACUCUCUCUCUCCUCAUCUCUCUCUCCUCUGCCCUCUUUCUCGCUCUAUCCUCCUCGUAAUCCCUCUCUCCGUGGUGUGAGAUAGUGCCCUGGGGGGUAGUGGUGUUUGCCUGGCUACUCAAACUCCUUGCUCCGGCCAAACGCUACACCACGCCCACAAACGUUAGUUUCUUCUCCGCAAUGAAUCUGGAUCUGAGUACCUCCCCGACGAUUUCUAGAACGCAAACUCAUUCUAACCGUUCUGAUUGGUCCCAGAAACCGAUGGGUUGGGCCAGAGCCAGAACAUACAUGGGUACAGCGGCAUUUUGAAAAUGCAUCAUUGGCUUUGAUACUCUCAUUGGUUAGAGAUAAUCCAAUCGCUGAUGACUUUGUUUUGUACAACACCCUACAUUUUCACAAAUGACUUCAACGAUGGCAGUCUCAGACUGAAGUAUGUAGCGAAGAUAGAGCAGCAGAAGAAUUCAGUUUGUCAGGCGAUAGUGGUGUGCAAGUGUGAUCCGUAGAGAAUGGGACUGAAUGGGCACACAGGGAAAGGAAAGGGGGACAUGGAACAUGGGUAGUAAGGACCAACUUGUAGCAACCAAAUGUUCCUGUUGAGGUUCAUUAAGCCUUGUUGUUGAGAGUUAUAGGGUGUUCAGGAAAGUUAGUGCUCGGCUUGACCAAAACCCUGCAUGCCCUUUAGCGCUCCAGAACUAGGGGUUGGUGACUACUGGUGGACAGUGCAUGCUAUUGUACUUUUGGAUUUGUAGUAUGAGCAAGGAGUGAAACCUGAUCUCUCGCUCUCUCCCUCUCUCCUCUCUCGCCUUCUCUCCUCCCCUCCCUCUCUCCUUCUCUCCUUUCCUCCCCUCCCUUUCUCCUUCUCUCCUCCCCUCCCUCUCUCCUCUCUCCCCUCCCUCUCUCCUUCUCUCCUUCUCUCCUUCUCUCCUUCUCUCCUCUCUCUCCUCCCCUCUCCUUCUCCCCUCUCUCCUCCCCUCCCUCUCUCCUCUCUCCUCCCCUCCCUCUCUCCUCUCUCCCCUCCCUCUCUCCUCUCUCCUUCUCUCCUCCCCUCCCUCUCUCCUCUCUCCUUCUCUCCUCCCCUCCCUCUCUCCUCUCUCCUUCUCUCCUCCCAUCCCUCUCUCCUCCUUCUCUCCUCCCCUCCCUCUCUCCUCUCUCCUUCUCUUCUCUCCUCCCCUCCCUCUCUCCUCUCUCCUUCUCUCCUCCCCUCCCUCUCUCCUCUCUCCUUCUCUCCUCCCCUCCCUCUCUCCAGUCUACAAUGACAUCCUGGUGUCUGGUCGUGGAGACUCGUUCUUUAUCAGGACUCAUUUUGAGUAUGAGCGGGAGGCUCACCAGAGCCUGGCCUUCUCCAGAGGGGAGAUCUUCAAGGUGGUGGACACUCUCUACGAUGGCAAGCUGGGCAACUGGCUGGCCAUCCGCACCGGCAAGGACAAACAGCUGCUGGAGAAAGGCAUCAUCCCCAAUAAGAGCAGGUAAUCAUCCCUAAAGCAGCAUCCCUAAGAAGGGCAGGUAAUCAUCCUUUAAACGUCAUCCCUAAUAAGAGCCAGUAAUCAUCCCUAAUAAGAGCAGGUAAUCAUCCCUAAGCCAUCAUCCCUAGCUAGAGCAGGUGAGAUAGAGACAGUGAGGAGUUAGCUACUGUAGUACAGUUAGCUAGGGUCCAAGACAUCACCCUUAGAGCAGAUGAGAUGGACUGGGAGGACACUAAGUUCGAAUUUCUCAAGUCAGGAUUGGGCCCUAGUAUAGUAACUUUUAGAGGACUGAUAAGAUUCCCUGGCCAUCAGUUGACUGUCAGGGGAGUGUUCAGCCACAUCAGUCAAAUCAGAGCCAUCUCUCUCCCACAUUAAAUUCUCCUAGAUCACACACUAGAGUAGGGUUCCCCAACUGGCAGGCCACGGCUCAAUCUAGCUGAUGAUCCCUGCACUAGAGUCUCCCCGCUGAUCCCUGCACACUCACACACACACACACACACACACACCAACACACACACACACACACACACACACACACACACACACACACACACACACACACACACACACACCACUCAUCUGACCAGCCACAACACCAACAUCUCCUCCUCUCAUCCCCAUUUUCUUCCUUCCAUGUGCUCUCCCUUCUCUUAGAUAUCCUCAGGCCUUGGCUGUGGGAAGUUAUUUGAACUGGAACAACUUGAAAGAGUGUUUAUUUUCUGUCUUUUAUCGUAAACACACUUGCCUUGGUUCAUCUCUCUCCCUCUCCCACACCCACUUACCUUAUCACCCCAACACACUGCCCUCACUCUAUGCUGACGUCACCAUCACCUUUUCUAAACAUAUCACCCCUAUUCCCUCCCCCUCUUGCUCUCCCUCUCACCUUUCUAACCUCUCCUCAUAAUCCCCCUCUCUUAUUUCUCAUUCUUUCCCUCCCCCUUUCUCUCCCAGGGCUGAUCAGAUGGCGAGCGUCCAGAACUCCCAUAAGGCUGCUGGGACGGACCGCGCCGACUUCUGGCGUCUGAGAGGUCAAAGGGCAGCCAAGAGGAAGGAGCUGAGGAAGAGCAGAGAGGAUGUUGGUGCUACGCCCGUCGCCACACGCUUCCCUGCUUACGAGAGAGUCGUGCUCAGAGAGGGUGGGUCUGGUCAACACAGGGGAAACUACACAGGAAAUUACACACAUGGAGAGAGAGGGAGGAGGGGAAGAGAGUGUUGCAGAGGAAUACAGAUUUGAGGGUGAUACAGACGCCGGCCAUAAUUGGGAAACACACAGGAAAUAGGGGAGAAGGAGGGGGAAGAGAGAGGGGGAGAUAGAGUUGAGGAGAAAUGCAUAAUUGAGGAGAGGAGUGGGGAGGAGGGGGGUCACAGCAUUUUAAGAAGGAAUGAGGGUGAGAGAGGGGCAGGCCAGCAUUAGGUAACACAGGAAACAACACACCCACACACACAGGAGUGACACAGAAAAGGGAGAAAUUGAGAGUUAAAGAGAGGGGAGAGGGAGAAGUGUGUGUGUGUGGGUCGUCACGCUAAACACAGGAAAUACACACCACAGGGGGGAGAGAGGGGGAGAGGAGAAUGUUCCUUAGAAGAGGGGAGGAUGUAGGAGGAGGAUGAGGGGGUGCGGUGGCAGAUCAGACAAGGAGAGAGGAAGACGUAAAGGGAGGGAAUGAAAAGGAGAGAAGGAAAAAGAGGAAGAGAGGGAAUUGGGGAAGAACGACAAGUAGAUGGCAAUAAAUGGAGAGAACUGAGACAGGGCUCAUUACAGCAUGGUAUGUGAGAGAGGAAGAAGAUACAGUGUGGCUAUGGCAACGAAGGGCAGGAAUCUAACAGAGCAGUUACUCUUUCUCCUGUUGUUGUUUCAGUGUAAGCAGACUGUGCAGUAGUGUUUAAGGCUGAAUGGACUGAGACAGUGCUGAGACACAGCUUUAUUGGGCCUGGCAUACAGCUGUAUAAACCCAUGUCCCUGCCGCGUCAUGAAAAGUUUUGCAGCCAAAUAUUGUCUUUCAAAUAGGUCAGAUGACAUGAAAAUAGAGCUAUUUGGCCAUGCACACCAGUGGUGUGUUUGGUGUUGAAAAACAGAAGCAUAUGCAGAAAAGUACCUCAUACCUACGGUAAAAUAUGGUGGCGGAGCUUUGUUGUUAUGGGGCUAUUUUCUUUUAAGAUAGCAGUGUGAUGUCCGUAACACCAGCAAGACAAUAACCCCAAGCACUAAUCAAAAUCCACCAAGAAAUUGUUCAUUUACCACAAAAUCAACAUUUGGCAAUGGUCAUCUCAGUCUCCGGACUUGAAUCCCAUUGAAAACCUGUGGUUUGAAUUGAAGAGGGCAGUCCAUAAGAGCAGACAAAGGAUAUCAAGGAUUGGGAUUCUGUAUGGAGGAAUGGUCUAAGAUCCCUCUCAAUGUGUUCUCCAAUCUCAUAAAACAUUUUAGAAAAAGGAUCGGUGUAGUUAUCCUCGCAAGGGGAGGGUGCUAGAGUAUUAAAAACAGCGGUGCCAAUCAUUUUGAUCCUUACUUUUUUAGUAGAUUUGUAUUACUUGUUAAACAAAAUGUAUUUUUCUGUGCAAUUGUAUUAGUAUAAAAUAAUAUAAUUUCCCAAUAUUUGGUGUAUUUUCAUGGUCAUCACCUACUCACUGUUAAGUUUGUCACAGUCCCGACAUCAGCGUUGGCUAUCCUGCUACAGAGAUUUUUGAUGUCAGGAUGCACGCACAUCACUCGAACGUGACGUUUGAUGGUGAACAGAAAAUGGCUCUAAUGAUUAAACUAUUAGACACUGUAGGUCCCCGCCACACACACAUUUAUACAUGGCCCCUAAUAUUGUGCAUGAUAAACCCAGGAAUGAUAGUCAUGUUGUUUUAGGUUGUACUACCGCUAAGGAGUGACUGUCUAAAGCAUCAUCUCCUCUCUUGUGUUGUAGCUGGUUUCAGACGUCCUGUGGUUCUGUUUGGUCCUAUAGCUGAUGCAGCCAAUGACAAGCUGGCCAGUGAGCUGCCUGACCUGUUUGUCAUCGCCAGUGAGUCUCUCACAUUGUGUGUCUGUCUGUCAGUUUGUCUGUCUGUCUGUUUGUCUGUCUGUUUUGUCUUGAGUCACGCUAGUCAUUUGUUGAAUAACACGGUCUCUGUCUCUGUCCAUGGUCAGAAACUGAGCCUAAAGAUGCUGGGUCGGAGAAAUCCUCAGGAGUGGUGAGACUUAACACCAUCCGCCAGAUCAUCGAGCAGGUAGGAGCCUCUCUCUCUCUCUCUCUCUCUCUCUCUCUCUCUCUCUCUCUCUCUCUCGCUCUCUCUCUCUAUCGCUCUCUCUCUCUAUCGCUCUCUCUCUCGCUCUCUCUCUCUAUCGCUCUCGCUCUCUCUCUAUCGCUCUCUCUCUCUCUCUAUCGCUCUCUCUCUCUCUCUAUCGCUCUCUCUCUCUAUCGCUCUCUCUCUAUCGCUCUCUAUCGCUCUCUCGCUCUCGCUCUCUCUCUAUUGCUCUCUCUCUAUCGCUCUCUCUCUCUCUCUAUCGCUCUCUCUCUCUCUCUAUCACUCUCUCUCUCUAUCGCUCUCUCUCUCUCUCUCUCUCUCUCUCUCUCGCAGUAAUUUAUGAACGUGGAUGAACACCCGCUAAAAACAUGUUUUUGUGCAACAUCACCAAAUUCCUCAUUAAAUAAAGAAAAGGCCACUGCCGACGCAUUUCAAGCACACAGAACUUGAUUACAUUGCAGGACAUGUUGAAUAGAAAGCUAAAUGCUGUUUUAAUCAUGACACAGAAAGCAGCUGUUUCCGAUGACUAAAUGCAAACUUGCCGAUUGAGAUACCAAGACUGGCAGCGCAAUUUAUCCCUAGGGAUAUUGGUAGCCUCCUUUCACCUACCUACUUUUGUGCCUGUGUUUAGGCAAGUGGCAGAAAGAUUCCAUUUGGGCUGUCAUUCUUGACUGUCUUUCGAUCCGUGUCGUAUCAAAGCAGGGUCGGCUCAAAAGGGGUCCAGAGGAUUGGCCACCUAAAUUGUCAUUUUGCCCACCUAACCAAGUCCCGAUUUUAUAAACCGAUGUAUAACGAUGCCUUUCUCCGUAACGCUUUAUGGUAGAAAUGAACUGUGAAAUACACAAGAAAAGACAGCUUUGAUGCGAAUGUGGAUAUCUUUGAUUUGUCCCUAUGUCAUUCAGAGCCUGAGCGACGACGUGCAGAAGUCAGUCUUACAUUUAUUUAUUUUUUGCUUUCAACAGGAUUUACAAGUAAUCUCAUACAAUGCUGACUCUGUCACAAUCAGUGCUAUUCAGUUGAGCUAUUCACUUGAGCUAUUCACUUGAAAACAGCACAAAAGCAUAAAGCAUCAUUUUUUGUAACUGAUUGCCCCAGAUGUUCUGAAUAAGAUGCCAUAUAAUAAUUGAUGUUACACAUUUGUUAGGGAAAUGAUGUCAAAUCGAGACUAGACUUAAUUUUCCCAUCAUUAUUAUCAUUAAAUAGUCUACCAUCCAAAAUAUGUCAUGUUUAACAUUGUAGAAUUGCAGGAAAUUGGCUUUAAAAUAGCAGAACGUGUUGGUGGUGCAUUUCACACAUAUCAAUAAACUAGAAUCAAAAUGCAGGUCCAAAUGCAGUUCAAAAAAUAAAUAAACCCUAGGCUAUUUAAUCUAUCAAAAAGCGUUUGUCACAGUAAAUAGUUGAUUUGCAGUAUGAGUUAGAUAAGAGGUAAUUACCAGUUAAUAAAUUGAUACAGAAAUUGUAGGUGUGCCACAAAUGUUUAUCCCAUCAAGGCGUGCCACGGUUCAAAAAAGGUUGGGAACCACUGAUCUAUCUAUCUUUCUCUUUGUCCCCCUCGAUCUGUCUCUCUCUCUCUCUCUCUCUCCAUUCAAUCACUGUCCCCCAUCAUGUCCCCUGUAGGACAAGCAUGCCCUGCUGGAUGUGACUCCCAAGGCGGUGGACACUCUGAACUACACCCAGUGGUACCCCAUCGUCAUCUUCUUCAACCCAGACAAUAAACCAGGGGUUAAGGCCAUGAGGCAGAGGGUGAUACCUGGGUCCAACCGCAGCGCUAGAAAACUAUAUGAACAGGCUGUCAAACUGAGAAAGACCUGCUCUCACCUAUUCACUGGUUAGUCACACAUAUGGAUCCGCCACACACACACAGUUACACAGAGAUACGCGCACAGAUACACAUGCAUACACACACCAUUUACUUUUGGCUACCACCCUCAGGAGUGUCCAUAUUCCAUAUACUGUAGUUGGCCAGUGAGUUGAUCUCUCUCUCUCUCUCUCUCUCGCUCUCGCUCUCUCUCGCUCUCUCUCACUCUCUCUCAAUGACUAUCUGACACACACACAGUCCUCUAGUUGGCCAGUGAUUCAUGUUAAACCCCUGUUUCUGUAGACGCCUAUCGAGUCCCUAACGUCAAUAAACAAACAGUUAAACAGCCAAAUAUAGAACACAAGAUAGUUAUUUUCCUGCAUUUCCUGAUAAUCUGUUGUAUCUCUUUUUUGUGCCAUUACACCCCCUCCCUCUCUCCCCCUCUCUACUCGGUCUCUUCUCAUCCGUCCUGCUGUUCUCUCUCACCCUUCUUUCUCUUCUCUUCCAUUCUUUCGCUUCUCUCCCACUCUCUUUCUCUCCCUCUCUCUGCUCUCCCCCUCUCUCCCCUUCCUCUCGCUCCCCCUCUCUUUAAUUAUCUCUCAACUUCCUCUGUCUCUCUCUCUUUCCCCCCCCCUCUCCUCCUCUCUCCCUCCCUCCCUUUUCCUCCUCACUCCGCCCUCCUCCCUACAGCUACUAUUGAUGUGAACUCUGCCAAUGAUGCGUGGUACGGCAGUGUGAAGGACUCUAUCAGGGAGCAGCAGACUCAGGCUGUAUGGGUGUCUGAGGGGAAGGUAAAAAUACUCACCAUACAGAGCUCAUACACUGGAUACUAUACUGUACUAUAAUGUACUGUAUGAUAUUAUACUGUACUUUACUAUAUUAUCCUAUACUAGGGAUGUGACAAAUUGAAACAUUUUUGUAACGUUUCAACUGCUAUUUUCUUAUCUGUUUUCCGUUAAAACAUUUUAUAAAAUUCCACAUGAAAUCUUACUGCAUGGUAUUACCACUAGAGGGAAAUGAAUUCCUACCACAGUCAUACAUUAGGCUUAUUUAUCUGGAAUCUGCUUUGUGGCUGCCAGAGUGGGCAGGUGAAAUUUUGUUCCGAAGACUACCGUUAAUUCACGUUGACUCUAGUGUUCCUUCCAUUUGUUAUGAGCAUUAGCGACUCGCAUCAAAAAAUAAACGUAACCAAGUGAUCACAGUUCUUCUCCUUCCAUUUUCUUUUACCUCCGUUACGUGUGUCUCACUUGAUUUCGAUCCGACCGCUCCCUAUACACACAUGCGUGCUGCGCACCCAAGCUCCCAUUAGGCCUACAGAAAUGACUGCCUAUGUAAACGUAUCUAACUGAUGGAAUACACAAACCGAACUGUAGACAAGCUACAUUCUUUGCCAAAUCACGACAGUGUUAUCAUGAAUUCAGUUUUGUGAUAACUGCACUGUGAUUUUAAAAUAUUGUGAACAAAAACAACCACAAUGUUUUUCGGUUAGGGAUUUUUUCUUACGAACGGUCACACCCCUAUAAUAUACUAUACUCUACUCUAUACAUGCUACCCACUGGGCACACACUGGUUGAAUCAACGUUGUUUCCAGGUCCUUUCAAUGAAAUGAUGUUAAACCAUCGUGGAAUAGACAUUGAAUUGACGUCUGUGCCCAGUGGGUAUAGUCUGCUACACUCCUAUCCUCUUCUAUACUUCUUGUACUAUUCCACCCUGUAUAUUAUGUACAUGUUUCAAUCAUGUUCUCUAGAAUGUUCUUACUGUCUACUUCAAGUCUAUAUUGUAUUCACUCUUCCUUCCUAUCAAGCUAUUUCUGUAAACUUCUGUGUACUAGUCCAUCUUAACGAUUUCCCUUGAUGCUACUAUAUACUUAGUCUAGUUUCUUCAUACUGUACUCAGACUUUUCUAUCACUUUUAAGAUGGUGAAAAGUUGUUUGCUCUAUUUCCUGAGUCCUGUGUUGUGAGCAUGCUCACUGUGUGUGAAUCCUUCUACCACUGGUGCUCUACAGCUCGGUUCUUCUUUCUUUUCUUUUCUUUGUUUUUGUUUUUGUUUCUGCUUCCUCUCUGUACACCAAGAUCCAUCAUGUGUCUCUUUUAGCUGGACGGGACGGAGAUGGACCUUGAUCUCCAUGACGACCGCAUGUCUUACCUGUCAGCCAUGUCAGCCGACUACCUGAGCAUGGACAGCCGAUUGGCCAGCGACUACGAUGACACGGCGGACGAGGGCGGGGCUUACACGGAUAACGAGCUGGACAACGAGCCGGCUGACCAACUGCACGUAUCCGCUAUCAGCCGCUCCUCUGAGCCCGUGCUGGCAGAGGAGGUUAGAGAGACACAGCGAUAAGCACACACACACACACACACACACACACACACACGGUUAGCAACACACACGCACACACACACACACACACACACACGGUUAGCAACAAACACGCACAUGCAGCCCAUAAGAUGGAUUGUGAUGUCCUAGCCUCACAGCCUUGGUGAUAUGCAGAGCUAUAAGAAUCUAUUCUGCCCUCUACAGUUCAAACACGCCAUUACACCUAUGAUAUCUCCAGUCCAAUGUAGGCCUACAUGACCAAAAUCAAUACCAUCUGGUUAGCAUUUGUUUGGGUUGUUUCAGGAACCCAAUGUGUCAGAAGCACUUUAGCAAAACUGUUUUUUAAAUAGAGGCCAUUCAGCAUUAUGAUAAUAGCCCUCCGGCCAGUUUCUCUCUAGUACAGUAGUUAAAAACAGACUGGAAACACAGGUUAUAGAUGUAUCAUUUCAUUAGGGAACUAUAUGAUUUUGUAUGGCUGUGCAAGGAUCUUAAAAUAUGUGUGUGUGUGUGUGUGUGUGUGUGUGUGUGUGUGUGUGUGUGUGUGUGUGUCCCACAGGGGUAGGAGUGUAUAACAGUAUUACAUAGGCUACUAACUGCAUGUACAGUAUAACUUCCUCUCCUCCCCUUAGCAACCAGAUGCCAUGACAAUUACUUCUAUGCACCUGGUUUAUGCAGAUGUUACACAACCUCUCUAUAAUUAAAACAUAUGACCCUUCAAUAAUCAGCAUGGUUGACCCUUGACCCAGCCUGUAAACCUGCAUGGUACUUCCUGUUGACCCUGUCCUAUGUGUGUAUAUGUGUUUGUGGGGUCAGAUCCUGCGCAGGUGCAGUCCAGAGAUCCGUGGUGGCGUCAGGAGGGUGGGCAGCAGUGCCAGCCCACCUCCAGCAUUUGUACCUGACCCCCCCAAGGUGAGAGAGACACACGCACAUACAAAUUCCUCUUAUAUUCACUUUGACCAUCUUUGGCAACAUAAAGUCAACCGGUAGUGAGCAUCAGAUUUUUGGGCAACUGUGUGGUUUUUGGGGUAGAUAAGUACAGGAUCCCCGGUAGCUUUCAAACAUCCACUUACGUUUGAAUGUUUGAAACCUCCAUCACCCCUUAGCUCUUUAACUCAAUCAGAAGAAGCAAACUCCCCUUCUCUCUGAAGAAUGGUCUGAUCUGGAGAAACCACGCCCACCCCGGCUCGGAUUCCUCCAACGGCAGCUCAUUGGACCACUCUGGUACCUAAUUAACAAGAAGUAACUCCCCAAAUUCCCUGUGGUGAUAGAAGGGUCCAGCGUUCGUGAAACCUCAUAGUCAUUAAUAGUAUAUAGUUGAACAGAUAUUCUAGAGUAGUGUAGGCUACCUGUGUUUUGAACUCUUAAAGUGUUGUAGAGAAAGAGGUGUCCGUGGUUUGGUCAGUGUCGUCUAUCAAAAUGUGGUAUUCAACAUUGUCUUCUGUUACGAAUCUGUUUGGGAAAGUAUAACUUGAAGCUUCUUUUAUGUUGUAAAUCAACAGUGAGGUAAUGAGGGCGGAAGCCUAAAGUUAAUGAUCAUUUCUUUAAGCGUCUCUUACGUUUUUCUAGUCACAAAUCUCCUAUUCACGUACACAAAUGUUUGAGUUGCGGAUCUGUGACUGACCCUGUCUGGUCCCCAUAGAAAUAGAAUGAUUUCAUUGACUGAAUCAAAUCAAAAUGAUUUGAUUCAUUCUAAUUCUAUGCUGGUCCACCCCCCGUCCCCCUCCCUCCCUACCCCAUUCAGGUAAAGCUGCUGUUCAGGGACGAGGUAGUCCCUCCCAGGGGGGUUAUAGGGUCGUACGAGCCCCCCCCCAGCCGAGGCUACGACUCCCACUCCUCCAGCCCUGCCAGCGACCCCCCUCCUCUCCCUCGCACCCUCAACUCCUUCGGCAAGGCCAAGCCCCUGGCACCUCCCCCCAUCGCCCUCAAACCCUCCUAUAAUACCCAGGACACCACCAGCAGCACAGCCCCAUACACAACAGGCUUUAGGGGCCCGGAGCAGCCAGGGGAGAGCCCUGAGGACCCCAGCCUCAAGUCGUUCCUGGGGAAGAUCAAGGCCUUUGAGAAGAUGGACCACUUUGCACGUGCUCAGAGGAUGCUGGAGCUGCAGGAGGCCCAGAACGCCAGGGUGGGUUGGUGGGUGUGUGCCUCUGAAUGUGUGUGCGUGUGAGAGAGAAAGAGUUUGUGUCUGCUAGUCUGUUGUCAUCAAAGCAUCAUACUAAUGUCUGUCUCUGUCCAGUUGGAGAUAGCUCAGAAGCACCCAGACAUCUAUGCUGUCCCUGUGAAGACCCAAAAACUGGAUCACAGCCGGCCUCAGCCUAUAGGGUAGGAACACAACAUGGGAGUGUCUUUACCCAUUCAUACCGUGAAUGUGUUGUUUUACGUCUGUCCACUUUCCGUUGUGCUCUAUAUUCAUUUGCAUGUGUGGAUUUUCACUGAAUAUAUUGGGUGUGAGUAUUGUAUAUUUAUGUGUGUUCGUGUGUGUGUGCGUCUGUGUGUGUGUGUGUGUUCAGUUCCAGCUCGCGUCCCGAGCCCCAGACCCCUCCCUCCAAGCUGCCAUACUCGGAGAGUCGUGGGUUCUACCCCAGCGAAGAGGAAGAGGAAGAGUGCCGACGCCAGCUGGCAGACCACACCAAGAGAGGCUACUACCAGACCAACAACCAGAAAUACCAGGACACAGAACUGUAGACUACACUACCAACAACCAGAAAUACCAGGACACAGAACUGUAGACUACACUACCAACAACCAGAAAUACCAGGACACAGAACUGUAGACUACACUACCAACAACCAGAAAUACCAGGACACAGAACUGUAGACUACACUACCAACAACCAGAAAUACCAGGACACAGAACUGUAGACUACACUACUAACAACCAGAAAUACCAGGACACAGAACUGUAGACUACACUACUAACAACCAGAAAUACCAGGACACAGAACUGUAGACUACACUACUAACAACCAGAAAUACCAGGACACUGACUGAAGUGUAGCACUACUACACGCCCACCUACCACCCUACCACACUAAACUGUAGUGCCCCUUCUCUCCUGGACCCCCGAAUACCCCUUAAUACCCUAUAGUAACAAGAAACAGGGCUGGUUGACAGAGACACCCACACACUGCUGAGCCCUGCUCUGAUUGACUCAGCUCAGCGCACAUGAACACACUCUCCAUUCCAGCGGGGCUCCGCCCCCCUCGUCUGACCCUGCACCAAUCCGCUGCUGACUCGGAAGCCGGCCCGUUUUAA